AUGCAGCCCUUCAGUCAGGUGCUUGAUAAAUCCACAUAUUUAGUGGCCCAAGCAGGUAGCGAAUAUGGAAAGUUUUAAGUGAAGGGUGGGUAAUUAAUUCAAAAGCAACAUCGUUGUAUGCUUUGUGCACAUGAGUCUUGGUUCAUGUGUGUUCCAUACCUUCUUCUCCCAUGGGAGGAAUGAGGACUUUGACCAUGUUUCAUUUAACUUUCCAUUGUUUGGAUAAAUGGAUAAACCAGAGAUCAUGGUGUAAAACAAACUCUGGUCAGUUUCCAAACAAGCUGCUUGUUUAACCAACCAGAGUUCAUUUUAAACUACAGUAUCUGAAUUAUAUGCAAUCCAGGCUUCAUGGAAAGCAAAACUAAAUUCUUCUAAACUUCCACAUGGAAGGAAGAGAGUGGGUUUAGUGAUAUUUGCAGUUUUACUUGAGAAGCAGGCCUUCUGAAGUUUGCAAGUGCUUCUAAAUUAUCAUGCCUAACCUGACAGUGUUCGAGAUAAGUUGUAAAUAAGCCAAUAACUACUUUAACUUCCUACAGGCAAUGCACAAAGAGGAAGAAUUCAGAGAAUCAAAAACAGCACUUUCAUUAGUUUUAGAAAGAUUUUAGGGUCAGGAAAACAUCCCCUUUUGAGUUUCAGCAGAAAAUUCCAGGAAGCCAAGGGUAACUUCCUACAUGGUGUGGGGGCCCUUCGGAAUUUCCUUUUUUUAAAAAAGAGAGCUAAUGUUCUCAUAGGAAAAAGUCGUGUUUUAACACUGUGGUGAUACUUGCACAUGACUUAACAUUCUGCAGUAACUCCGAGAUAUAUAAUGGUGCAUUUCACCUUUAAUAUGGGAAUGCAGAAAGCUUGAAUUUGGAAAACAAAACAGUUGAAUCCACAUGGCCCAAAUGGCAGGCCUAGAUAUCCAGCUUCCAUUUGAUUCUAUAAGAGUUGGGUAAACGCACUGAGUUCUCAGCUGGAUAAGAACAUAAAGCCAGUGGCCCAUCUAGUCCAGCAUCCUGUUCUCACAGUGUCCAACCAGAUGCCUGUGCGAAACCCACAAGGAGGAACUGAGCACCAAAGCACUCUCCCCUCCUAUGGUUUGUAGCAGCAACUGGUAUUCACAGAUAAGGGUGUACUUCAUAAAAAAGACACAAGCUUGUGAGCUUGUAGAAUUAGCCUACAACAAGCUAUGAGUACCUAGUAAGAUUACAGGUACCUAGUAAAUCUUGCUUUUGAAGACAAACUUGCCAAGAUAAUAAAAAAUGCAAAAGGCUGUUUUUCUCCUCCUUUGUCAUGUAUAUGCAUUCGUAUUGUGUGCAUAUGUGUUGACUGUUCUUUUAUAAACUAUCAGUCUUUCUGGAACAAUAGAAUAGAAUAAUAGGAGAAGAAUAAAACUGAGGAAAAUAGCAUGUCCUCAUCUGGAGUACUUCAUGUAGCCUGUUAGUCAUUUAUACAGCAUCGUCUUAACUAGAUAAAAUGGCCAAACAAAUCCAUUUCAGAGAAUAAGGUUUAGCUUGGCAGAGUGCUCUGCCUCAGCUAUUGAAUAAGGGCAUUUAUCUUCACCACCUUUCUAAAGCUGAUGACAAAGAGCCAAUGAAACUAUAAAGAUUCUGUUUGUUUUAUUACAAGAAGAACAGACUGUAAUUUUUUAUGAAUAUACUGAAUAGACUGUAGCAACAUUUAAACACUCUGCUCUAGUGUGAUCCUAGAAUGACAAAAACACAUUAAAAAAGCAAAGAAAAGGUUCUUUGUGGUGAACUCUAAGCCACAGUUAACAUUCCCACUUUCCUUGCGGUUGGAUAUUUCUCCAUCUACAAAAAUGAGUGCAAUGUUAACUCCUUCAAAACAGUGGCAAAAACCAUCUCCAAUUUCUCUUCAUGGCAUUGGAGAGCAGCCAUUUUUGCAAGUUUUGUUUUGAAAAACUGUUUGGGUGAGCGGUGGAUCUCCCUGUUCAGAGGGCUAUGAAAAUCAAGGGCAGUUCUCUAGAGGCAGAAAUGCCAAAGGGGUAAAACAGAGUAAGCUGCUUUAGUUUGUUAAAUCUAGUCAUAACAUCAUGUAAUUGAGACGAAUGAAAGGCCUUCAGUUUUUCACAGUAACUCAAUUUUUCUUUUGUUCUUGAGAUCUGAGUUGACUCUUGAAGUAUAAUAGUUCUUGGUCAGUUAGAGGAAAAAAUAAAUUAGCACACACCCAGAGUUAAGUCCCAUGCACCUCAAUGUCUAAACAGGCCUGGCUUUUCUUAAAAUAUGUACCCAAUAUAUUUAAACAUUGAUUCUUUAAAAAAACAACGCAUUGUAUAUGCAGUUAUACUGAAGCUAUGAUAGAAGCUGAAUGUAAUUUAAAACUGCCACAUUGGUGUGGUUAAAGGUUAGCCAUUUUUCUGUUGUCUCGUGGAUAUGAAGGUGUAUAUCUGUAACUUGAGGCAGUCGGCCAGUGUGAGACUUUAUACCUCCAACUUUUACUUAGUGAUCUAAAACCCAAGCUUCAAAUAUCCCAAUAAAAGAACAGAUGAUCUUAUUGAAUGUUGACAGUCUAGCCAAUGGUCUUGCCUAAUGCAAUUUUCAGAAGUAUAAGGGGAGACAGUUCCCAUAAUUCUUUGGAAGGAACCAUGUGCUUUAAAGUGUGCGUUGAAUAUGCUUUAACUGCAUUCUGUGGAUCUGCCCAGAACUAGGUUGGGUUAUGUCUUCUGGCAGCCUAUGGGGUCCAAAAGGUUCAGGAAAAGGGAUGCACAGGAAUCUGCUAAGCGUCUGCUACGUGACAGGUUCCUUAGACUAAGGAACAAAGCUGAAGGAAGCAACUCUCUAAGGACAUCUAUACCCUUCUUAGCUCCCCAGCUGUUCCAGCUACACUGAUGAACUGCAGUAUAAUUACCAUUAUUUGGGCUGGGCUGUAGAGCAGGAAAGACCAGACCAAUAGCUUCCUCUGCCAGAAAGCUGUUCCACUGGCACUGGUCCUUGGUUUGAAUCUACUGGUGACUUAACGGAGAGCUUAAGUAGUGAUUGAAAUAGUAUUGACAUAGUAUUUAGCUGCUUAUAGCUUUUGCUGCACUUCUCUGUAAAUCUCAUGCUGUAUAUGAAAUACUUUCAUACUGCGUUUUCAAAUUAGCCUCUUUAAAGUCAGUGUUUGCUACAUUGCUUUUUAUAAUAUUUUUCAUUGUUGCUUUGUUCUGCAAAGGUUACAGAAAGUUCAGUGCUAUUUCCUUGUUUGUUAAGUAAGUACACCAGUUGCCUUGCAAUAUCUCCUGGUAGUUGAAAAGAAUAUGUUUAGUCUGAGGUACAUAGGUAAAAAUUUCAGACAGAUGUUUCCUAUAAACAUGGAAGCUGAGGGUUGCUUUUGUUCCCCUGAAUACAAUAUGGGGCAUAUGCUGAGUUGUGAAAUGAUUUGCCCAUGCAAACGGCUGCUUAUUUAAUGUAAACCUUUGUCUGGUGUGUGGGAUUUCCUUGCUUGUUUUGUAAUGUGGAUUGCUGUGUUAUAACAACAGAACUCAUUUAUUUUGUAAAAGGUAGGAAGCAAAACAAACAGUGUGAAGGCAAAGGAGGAAUUUGUUAAGGAGACAGACAAAGGUGUCUACCUUUCCGUUCCGUAUCACUUGCUUACUUUCAUUUUUAAAAAUAAUAAUAGAAUAAGAAGAAGAUAGCUCUACAUUGCUGAUAGUCUAAACCCACAGUCCUAUGCAUUUUCAGUCUAACCAAAGAACAGUUUGCAUUUUCCUUUUAUAUGUGUAUAUUGAUAUUAAAAUAGCCUUCAGUAGCCAUCACUAUAAGAAGAAAUACAUCAGUUGCCUUCAGCUUAGUGUUAAGUAAUUCCUUGUGUAAGUAAAGCAACUUCCACUUUGGCAAUGGGACUCUCUUCCCAUCACCACCACCACACUCUCCUUCCAGGUGCAUGCCAACAUCUGUCACAGAGGUUCUCCCAACUCUCCGGAUUAGAUCUGUGGAUAGAGAGAAGAGGAAAGGGUGGAAAGCCCUGUUGCACAAGUCAUUCCCCUCAUGCAAUGAUUUAAAAGAAUACUGCCCAAUAGUAUUUGCGGUACAUGAAUUAACAGAGAAAAUAUAGUUCUGGGCCAACACCACUGUGUGUCAGCUGGUGCUGCUCCUUCCUUUACACCCCAUGACUAUGGGUACAAUCAACCAUUGUGAUCUUACAGCACAACUUGGAUUCUUAAGAUUGAUCUUGUGCUCAGGAGUUGGUUGUUAAAUCUUAACUGUAUGUAAGCCAUCUGGAAAAUCUCAUUACUGAAAUCAAGUACUUCAAAAGGAAGAACUAAGUUUAGCACUUCAUGUGUUAAGUUAUCAUACAUGCUGUGAAACAUCCAGAAUGUUAAUUUUUCAGUGAAGUAAACAGGUUCUGCUAAUGAAAUGUUUUAAAAUUUGGAGCAUGCACCGUGAAAUGCUGAGUGAUUUCUUAACUGCUAUACCUCUAUUUUUACAUUGCAUCUAAAUUAUUUCCCCAGGUAUAUCCUGCAUUUAUGAAGGGAUGCAGAGUUUCAACAAAAGAAAUACAAAACAGGUGAGUAAACUGGAGGGUACUUUUUUCAUGUGCUGAAUAGCUCUGCAUGUAACUUGGGGGAUGACGUAAUGAGGAACAAUCCAUCAGAUUAUGUGAUAGCAGUAGAAACUAGACUGAUAACACUUGCAUUAUAGAAGUCUCAUGGUGAACGUAACAUUUCUUUACUGAAAACUGCCCACUACAUUCCAUUACCAGGUGCUGGUAGCCAUGGGGUGGGGGGAAGUUCUUGUGCUUGACACAUGCGACUUGUUCAGCCAUUGAGGGAGCAAGAUGCUGGACGAGAUGGACUGUUGGUCUGAUCCAGUAGGCUCUUCUUCUGUUUUAGGUUCAUUUUUAAAAAUUCUAAUGGAAACACUUUGUAUCCAAAUGUGAAGUUUGAAGUUGCUUGACCAGGCAAGCUUUCAGAAGUUUUCUACACAGCAGAAAAGGUUGAAGAUGGUCUUCGCAGAGGUUGUUCUUCCUCUUGACAAUUGUUCUAACCUUUCUCUUUUACUAUACUUUUAAUGAUGAAUUUGCAGGGUGGUGUUCAUCUCUACUUGAAAAGGUAUUUACCUAGAUAGGUUGCUUGUUUUGCCUGGCUACCUCAUUGAUUGUUUUGUUUUUGUUUUUAAUUACAUUUUUAUUCUGUUUUUCCUCCAAGAGCAUUCAGGGCAACAUUUUGGGUUCUCCCCACCCCCACCCAUUUUAUCCUCACAAUAACCUUGUGAAUUAGGUUCAGACUAUGAGAUAUUGGCUGGUUCAAGAUCAUCCAAUGACCUUCAAGUCUGAAUGGUUAUUUGAAGCUGGGUCUUCCCAGUUGUAUUCUGACACUCCUUGACUUACGCACCAUACUGGCCCUGGAAACACAUAUGCCAGGAUGCCAUUUUAAGUUAUCUCCCCUUUCCGUCUUUUAUUAUUCUGACAAAUCAGUAGCAAUUUUAUUAGCUGUGUUUAAGAAAAACGGUUCAAUUUCAGCACUUUAUUGCUUCAAUUUGUCCCAUUUCAAACAAAGAGUCUUGCAAUGCCUUUAUACUAACGUCUCUUCCAAGCAAUCUGUUUAUUUGAGCAUCCAUCUGAAUUGGUUUGUGGUGAGGCUAUACAACAUUGUGUUAAACAACUUUUAUUCCACACUUUCCAGUGCAUUUUCCUGUCUCUUUCCUACCUCUAAAAUAUCAGGUUCUUUUUUGGGGGAAAGUGAGUCCCAAAUCCACUUCAAUUGCACAACUUAAAUUUGACAGGAAGUGAUUGAGUCUCUCCUACAAAACACUGACAGUCUGGAAGUGACCUAAAAAUUUAUUAUGACAUAAGAUUUUAUGCACCACAGCCUACUUCAUCUGGUGAAAUGUAAUCCUAAAUUGCUCAGCAUUUGGUGGUGGUGGUAGGAAUGCUAUCUGAGGGAAAUGAAAUGCUAAAAGAACACAGUGACAAUUACCUGAAAGCAAGUGACUGUUUAAUAUUACAAUGUCUUUAUAACAUUAUUAGACAAUUUGAAGGGUUCUUGGCAAUAUUGUUGUUUGAAAAUGGAAGUGAGAAAUGUAAAACAUUAACACUCUGAUCCCACACAUGUUUACUUGGAAGUAAACUACAUUAAUUUCAAUGCCAAUUACUUCAAAGUGGGUGUGCUUAGAGUCACAUUCUUCUUUUGAAGGAAAAUCAUAAUAAUGGCUUUUGUAACUUGUUUAUUUGUUUCCCCUCCUCUGAUGUGCAUUUUAUUAUUAUUUCAGUAGAGGAGUUUGUUGAUUUCUUGUUUCUUAUUCUUACUGUUCUUUGAAAACAUAUAUUUUUAAAAACCCACGUAUCUCAUGUUUCAAGAACAAACAUUUCAAUAUUUGGAAAGGAGUGACCUAAGCAAUGCAGAACAGGGGUGAUCUCAUUACUGGACUUUAUCCAAUUUUUGUAGGCUAUAACUCUAAUAUUUUAAGCACCCUAGUCUCUCCCGAGUAUAUUUCAAGCUGUUUUGUGUGAGAUGAGAUCAGCAUCUUGCAUCCAGCAGAAAAUUACUGCUUAAUUACCAGCAAUAAAUCAGUGUAGCUUUCUUUAAAAAACAAAACAAAAACAAAAUACAAGUUCACUAUGUAGCCAGAACCACGAAUAUUACUUGAGUGAUAAUAAAUGGACAAAUACUAUCUUUGGGGGGGGGGUGGAAGGUGUUUUUUUAAUUUAAAAAAUGCUCACUUUUUUAAAUUAAAAAGUUUGUAUUUAAUUGUGAUGUGAAAAAUAUAAAAGUCAAACACAUUUAGAAAUAAUAUUCAAGAAAACAAAGGUGCAAUAAUCCUAAUUAGUUUGUUUUGUUUGUUUGCUUUUUAAAAGUAUGGUAUGAUGUAUAGCCACUAGAUAGGCAAGAGUGUUGUUCUAAAAUGAUAGUUGAGAUUAUGGAAGUCUGUUAUUUAUUAGUUUGUUGUUCAUGUGAGAGAUAAAUAGCUAUCACAUUUCAAAAAAAUGAGCCUUGCUUGUUUGCACUCCCCAACCCCUAAGAGUCUGCGUUUGGUAAGUGAUUUUUUUCCUCAGAGGGAACCAAGUACUAGAUCCUUCCAUCUAGUACUAGUACUCCCAUUUAGUACUAGUACUCCCAUCUAGUACUAUCACUUCUGCAUUAAGUAGCUUGAUGAAGUUGAUGAAGUUUUCCAGGAAUAUUGAAAAUUCAUUAAGAAGUUAAGAAGAGCCCUGUUGGAUUACACCAUGUUGUUUCCCACAGUGACCAAACAGAUGUCUAUGUGUAACCUUGAAGCAGAACAUGAAUGGAAUAUCCCUCUCCUGAUCAUUGUCCUCAUAGUCAGAAACAUGCUACCUCUCAUGCUGAAGCUGGUAUAGUCUCCAUAAAUAAUACUCAUUAGGUUCUGAUUGUACUUACUAGUGAUUUUCAUUCCCCAUUGACUUCAUUAAUUCAUUCAUUCACUCCUGACACUGGCAUGCUGUCCCAUAACAGAGAGUUCUCUGGGCAGUUGCUUAUCUGUCAAGGAACCUCUGCAUGUUGCAAAGAAUUCUGUGGAUGGGAAAAUGUUAUGGUACAGUUCAUACAAGAUAACUCAAGACAGCUUCUCCCCUUAACUUAACCAUUCAUCUCCCCAAGGAGGCUUCUCUGGUGCUUAAACCUGAUGCCUUUGUGGUGUGAGGUAAAGUUCUCCUUGGUGGCGCUGUGGGUAAAACCUCAGUGCCUAGGACUUGCCGAUCAUAUGGUCGGCGGUUCGAAUCCCCGCGGCGGGGUGAGCUCCCAUCUUCGGUCCCAGCUCCUGCUCACCUAGCAGUUCGAAAGCACCUCUAAGUGCAAGUAGAUAAAUAGGUACCGCUUUAUAGCGGGAAGGUAAAUGGCGUUUCCAUGUGCUGUGCUGGUGCUGGCUCGCCAGAGCAGCUUUGUCACGCUGGCCACGUGACCCGGAAGUGUCUCCGGACAGCACUGGCCCCCGGCCUCUUAAGUGAGAUGGGCGCGCAACCCCAGAGUCGGACACGACUGGCCCAUACGGGCAGGGGUACCUUUACCUUUUUUAAAGUUCUCCUUACUUACUGAGGCUUUUAAAGAUGUGGGUUUUUAUGUUAAGAAUUCUGCAGUUAAGUAUAGUUUUUGUAUGCACUUUUUAAAAUCUGUGACUUAGGAAAAGGGUGAUUGUGCACACAGAAAAAUAAUGCAUUUGAACAUGAAAGUUUAAGCACUUUUAAAGGCCUAAAACUUUCACUAAAUAAGAGCACAUUCUUUCCCACAGUUAAUGUUGUUUUGUUUGUUUAUUGGGAAAAGUCAGUGCUGUGAAGAACAAAAGGAAAUUCAAUACUUGGGAGGUUGAAAACAACUAUUGAAAUCAAACUGGUUUUCAAGAUCAAACUAAGCAUUUUUCUUCCUGGAGAUUGGAUGCACAUCAGGUCACUUCCUGGAGCUGUCAAAUUCAUUAUAAAUGUAAACGGUUCUUGAGAAGGGGGACACAUAUGCUGAGGCAAUUUUUUUUUUUUUACACAGCCAUUCAAAAUUUAACAUUUUUAAAAUGUCUAUCCUCUGGUGACUGGCCUUUGGUUUUCCUUCCUGUGAAUUGCCACAUUUUAAUCCCCCUUAUUUAAUUAAGCUGUCAAUCAUUUUGCUUCAGUGCUGGGGCGACCUGGUCUUACCCAAGGUUUUUGUGGCACAAGUUCCUGCUCCUGCUCCAGCUGCUAAAGCAGCAUGCUGGGUGAAGUAAGUGUUCUGCUCCCAUUCUUCCGUGAAGCACUCCAAACACCCUUUUAAAACAGGUUUUCCUGGUGCAGGCACACAGCCAGAUAUACAGGGAACCUUUGUUGGACCUUAGGAUGCUGCACAAGGGGCCAUGGGCAGCCUCAUUUCUGUGCCAUUCUGUGACAUAUAAGCACUGAAGGAGGAGUCACUGCCUCAACAGGAGGACGGGAACAAGCUUUCCCCUUGUUAAGCAGAACUUGGAGCUGUAUGGUUGAAGUUCUAGACAUUUUGAUCAUGGCACAUUACUAAUGAAGUUCAACUUAUUAAAGAUAGUGUUUUCAUAGGAGGAAAUCCAAUGCUUGUGCCAUAGCUUUUGAUCUAGCAGAGGGAGGGAGGGUGAUUCCCCUUUCUCCGAUUCUUUCUUUGUACUACAACUCCCCCUGUCACCUUCCUGUGAUGGCCUGGGACUCAGGCUCGGAACCAGAGGAGACUCAGUCUGCACUGGAUCCUUUGUCUCAGGCAUCACCUGAACCAAGUCUGGGGCCUGAUCUUGAAGAGUCCCAGUCUGCACAGGUUCCCCUGCAACAAACACCAGCUGGGCCCGAGUCAGAGGCCUGAGCCUGCCCUGACUCCAGAUGUGGGGAUUACCUCAUUGCCUUCAGCUGGGCCAUCACUUACAGCUGCUCCACUACCGGUUUGAUCAGGGGAGGCUGAGGCGGCCCCUGGGUCUAGUAACCCACCGACGUCUCCCGAGAUGCAGAGACUAAGGUCUGAGAGAAGGAGAGACCUGAGUACUUGCAGGAGGAGUGCUUGCCUUCGGGCGAAACAGGGAGGUGAGUCACCGGGGGAUCAGGACUGGCCGCUACCCCAACAAAGAUAAAAGGCUGUUGGACCCCGCCCCAGGUUGCGGGAGCAACAUUGCUGUAUGCUAGAUCCUGCCUGAGAUCCUGUACCUGUCCUUGCCUGGUUUCCUGCCUCGUGUCCUGCCUUGGCCCUGUUGGACUGACUCCUAGCGGAACCUUUGGGUUCUGGACCGCGUUUCACGGGUUACCCCUGGGCCCAGCAGACUUCCAAGCUGUUCUGGAGCGUCUCCCAACUCUCUGAAAUGGGGCUGUAGAAAGGGGAAAUAAGAGGAUGUAGCCUCACCUCCUCCUAUGUUAGCAGAUUUCCCCACUGGAUUAAAAGCCAUUCCACAAGUGGAACAACAGCACUGGGUGCCACUCAUUGUGUUAUAAGAAACACACACAUAGGCAUCUCAUUUUGCUUGCUUUCACAAGCAUGCUUGACAACAGUAUUUACCAAGAAGAAUGAUGUGGUCUGAAGGGUCUCAUGAACAUAUAAAUAGAAAAAUCACAAUUAAAUAGCUGUCUAGUCAGAAUAGGAUCUGUUGCAUAGGUCUUGGAAAAGAAAGAGGGAAAACAUAAUCUGCAUGCCUCCAGGCUCCUUGAGACUUUAAUCAGCCUCUAAUUGCUGCAGUUCACUAAUACUCAGGUUGUCUCAUUCAUGCUGAAACCAAAUUCUGUACAGAUACACUCAGUGAGUAGAGCAUCAGUCUCUUAAUCUCAAGGUCAUUGGUUUGAGCCCCACUUUGGGCCAAAGUUCCCUGCACUGCAGGGUAUUGCAGGGACUAGAUGGCCCUCAUGGUCCCUUCCAACUCUUCUAUUCUAUGAAAAUAGGCCAGAAUUCUGCAGCCAAAAAUUCUGUGCAGGCUCAUAGGCACACAUUGCCUUAUUGCCUAGAAGCUGCACAGUUUCUAUAUUCUCAUGCAUGGAUGUUUUACUUAAGGUUGGACAGACCAGUCUAUUUCUGGUCUGUGUCAGUUUUGCAUGUUUAUUCAGAAAUCUGUUCUAUCCCAUUUCUCCAUUUAUUGCAAUUUAUGGGGGGAAUUGCAUGAUAUUAAAAAUUUAAAUAAGUACCUUGAUGCUAAAGUAUUUUAUAAAUAAAUAAUAUUAAAUUUUUUAUUUUAUAUCACUGCAUGGAUUUCUAAAGUACUCUAUCCUAAAAAAACCCCAACAACAUUUAUGCAUUUGGGUACUUCUUUAGAGCUGACAACUUUAUUGUAAAACUUGGAAAAGUGUGGGAUUUGAAGGAUGAUUACAUUCCAAUCUGUGCAUUAAUUUGGGAAGUGUGAAUUAGGUCAGCUUGUUUAAAAACAUAGAUCAAUAGUUUGCUCCAUCCCUAGUUUUAUAUACAGUUCUACAUCAUUGUAAAUGUAGCCUGUUGAAAGGCAUGUAUAAAUUUUGGAUUCCACCCCCUCCACCAAUAGAUCUUUGUAAUUUAAGUGCCGAUGUCGGAUGUCACAUAGCUGCAAAUGAGAGCACAUUACAGGGUGUGGAUGGCGUCCUUUCUGCUACUAGAUGGCUCAUGCAAAAGUCGGUCUUCCUGGAGGCUUCUAUAAUAUGUACGGACUGGGUUUCUUAGAAAAUGCUCAGAUUCUUGUGAGCUGGCCAGUGGAAUUUUCAGCAAUGCGAGUAUCAGUUUUUGAUUUUAUGAGACUGACCCACCAUACGAAGCAGAAAAUACUCUGUUACUGCUGCCACCAUUGAUUUUCUCUCAGCUGUUAACGGCACUGGCCAGAGUUUCAAGUCUUUACGCUUGUUCCAGGUGACUGUGCCACAGGAGCUGCUGAUGAGUAGCACCAGGCUCAUACUUUUCAGCCAGCUCCAUUAAGGCCUCAUUCUCACUGUUUAAUAAUUGGAUUUCAAAGAGAGUCAUUGCUUCAGAUACAGUCCAUCUGUUUUUCCAAAUGCCCAGCUGUAGACAUGUGACAUCCCCCUUCUUUCCACAUUGCUCCCUGCAAUAACAGGUUUAAUUGUCCCAGGCUCCUAAGAAGCAAUCUGAUUAGCAGAUGUUAAAAGGGGACGGUUUUCAGCAGGUUCUUGGUGUGAAGUGGUAAUUUGAGAGGUCUUGUGUAUGGGCUUGCAGAGGUCUGAUUGAUGGGUUGCCUGGCUUUGACUCUGCUAGUGCUUUGGAAAUUACAUCAUUUCCCACCCCCUCCUCACUCCAUUUGAGGCCAGGUGGAAAUGUUUAUGUGGAGAGCAGCCAGAGUGCCAUUUGUACAGCUGGAAGCCUGCUGCUUCCCAUAGCAAAUCAAGACAAAGUACAAUAACUCCUCCCUCAACACAAGGAACACCAGCUGCAUUUAUAUUCAGGUCUUCUCACUGUAUGAAGGCAUGCUGUCUUAAAACAUAAAAGCCCCUUACUUUUUAAUUUCUAUUUGUUUUAUACAAUUAUCAGUCGCCCUCUUAAGACUCUGCAGAAUAUUGCAACACUUGAUGCUUGCUUUUUUCGCUAUCCUUGCACUUGCUAUCCAUUCUUUGUAUUUGUUUACCUUGCAAUGUCUUGUUUUGCACUGGCUUCUGAAACAGGGUGUUAGUAAAUGAAGCAUUACCAAUGUUGUUUUUUAAAAAGUUUUAAUAGAAUGAGAUUUGAUUAUAGCCUAGGUGCAACUCAAACAUAUUAUUUAUUUAAUGUGUAUACUGCCCUUCAUCUGAGGGUCACAAUACAAAAACAUUUUUAAAAAUAGCGUAGAAACAAACAAAAACAAUACCCCUGCCCAGGUCAAAAGGCCAUAGCUUCUUUAAUUAGUCAAAGGCUUGGGGGAAGAGGAAUGUUUUGGCCUGGUGCCCAAAGAUACCUAACAAAGGGGCCAAGGGCAAGCCUCCCUGGGGAGAACAUUCUACAAGCGGGGAGCCACUGCAGAAAAGGCCCGCUCUCAUGUUGUCACCCUCCAGACCUCUUGUGGAGGAGGCACACAAAGAAGGGAGUUGUGCUAAUGAUCUCUUGAACAUUUUGGAUGCCUUCCAGAGUACAUGUCUGACUGCACUCUGCUUUCCAUUGCCCUUGUAUAAUGAAACCCAAGAGGACAUCCUCCAAAGGUCCCCAGCUGCAUUCGUAUUGGCUGCAUUUAUACUGGAGAAGGUAUUGAAACAUUGAAGAAGUUGUUGGAAAUUUAAUCAUACCCAAAUGAUUACUUUUGAACCUAUUUUUCACUUUUCAAAAAAUAAGUGUGUGGGGUUUUUUUAAGUCUGGCAUUAUGAUUUUCUAUCCCGAAAACUAUCUUCAGUGCUCCUUCCAAAUAGCCCCCAUAAAAUGAUGGAAUUGCAAUUGACUUUCUGCUGUUUUGGACAUGACACUUCUUCUGUAUGUUCUUUCCACACCAGUGGCAAUGACAUAGUUGCUGUGCAGGUGGAAGGGGAAGGUUCGAUUUCCCUGGGGAAGCCAUUUGAAAGAAAAAUUCCGAGCGAGCCUUGCUAUUUAUUUCACAUCAAGUGUUUUCAUUCCAUUGAAAUACAGGGUGCAUCAUUCAGCGCAAUCUCCUGCUUGAUGUAGGAAAUCCUGAGCAUCUCUAACAAAUGGCUGACUAGCCUUUGCUUAAGAUUUCCAGCAAGGAUGAACCCAGCACUGCCCCUAGGUAAAUAGUUCCAUUGUCAAAUUACUCUUGCUUCCAAUACAUUUUUAUUAUUUAUUAUUUAUUAAACUUGUAUACUGCCUUUCAUCCAUAGAUUUCAGGGUGGUUCACCCCCCCCCCAAUAACUCAUCAUUUAUUUCACAUUCAUGAGAUGGCAAGAAAUACAUAUGCUACAUAACAUUUUUCAAAAACGAAACUAAACACCACCUUCUUUCUAUCAAGAGCAAUCAGAGCAAGCAAGCUCCAAAGUCAAUCUGCAAGGUCAGGUUUCUGCCUCUGCAGAAGAUCCAGGGUUGGAACACCUGAGGUCAUUCCUAAAGUCACAGUCCAAUGGAGUUCCUGAAGCAGCCAAGCUGUGGUCCAUUAACAGAGAAACUUGAGCAGGCACGGAGUCUCUGCCUUGCUUCCCUUUUAUCCUUCCCAAUCUUGAUAGCUUCACUUGAGUUUGCUCCAGUGGAGCCUUUCCACUUAACAAAACAUGUGAUCCUCAACUACUCAGCUGAGUGACCAAAAACCUCCUCCUAGACCUAAUGAGCCUCAUUAUCUCCACCUGGUCCACUAAUGAGCUGGGCUGUGUUCCCUUCCUUGUCUGUCUCCUGGAGUGCAUUUCCUGUUGUUCCCAAUGCCUCAGAGCCCACUGUGUCUGCAGAGAUGGGGGUACCUCUGCUUCUGGUGAUGUGUCGCCCUCUCAUGGCUCCCCUGAACAGUUGGCUUCCCCUGCUAUGUUCUCUAAUGUCCUGUGAGUACCUCCUAAAGCCCUAACCUCCCAUUCCCUAUCUUCAGCUUGUCCUGGUGAGUAGCAAUAGUGGCUACACCCCUUGCCAGAUCCUCUUCCUCUUCCUCUGUGUUCUGCCAGUUAUCAAUGCAAGCCCAUCCUUUACUAAGAAAAAAAAUGUGAUCCUGAAAGUAGCAAAUUGGUCUGUUACCACUUUCUCUAGGAUAGCCUUUUAAGAGUCCCAAGUUCCUCUCGGUCUUUUUUGUUGCUUCGUCCAUUUCUUCAGGCUCUGAAGACAUUGCCAUUACUUCUUCCCGAAUUCUCUUGCUUAGCUUGUGCCCUCUCAAGAGGAGGAUCUGCAAUGGGACCAGCCGCUCCCUUGUUUACAGGCCCAGGUUUUCCUUCUCCCUUGCUCUUCUUCAUUCAUUCCCUGCUCCCGGAAUUGCUUCAGUUGCCCAGCCGCUGCCGAGUCAGCUCAAACCCGAAGUUCAGCUCUUCAAGAUGUUCAUCUAAAACUACCUGUCUUGUCAAAGGCAAAAGGAUUCUUUGUUAAGGAUCUUUGAAGCAAAUGCUGGACCAAGGGAGGAGAAAGUCUCGAUUUAUUGAGCAAAAUCAUUUCAUACACACGCAAGGGUACAGAACCCCUCCAAGGAUCAAACAAUUCCUCCUUUGCACAAGGAUAAACCGGCAAACAAUAAAUACAAUAAUACCAGGCCCUCUUUGCAUAAGGGUAGACAGGCAGACAAUAAACAACCUUAACACAGAACACUAACCACACAACCAACAACCCUUCCCUCCUCACCAGGGAACAAUACCAGACAGAUGCCAGAAUCCCUCCUUCCAGCUGCAGAGACCCCAGGGGUAGCAGCAGAGUAGAUCUCAGUCUGGCCAGUUAUGCAGCAGUGUGGGUCUGCAUUGAAGCUCCCCACUUCCUGGCCCAAGCCCUAUGGUUUUUAUAUGCUCCAGGAUAUCAGUUGAGUGGCAAUUAAGAGACAGAUUUUUAAAAUGAGAUGAUUACAUGGUGUUCAACAUGCACAGGUUCUAACAAUAGGUCCUCCUGUUGGAUCUAUCAUUACCCACAUAAAACAAGCCCCUCUACUUUCAUUUUUUCAAAGUUGAAACUGUAAGGCUAAUACAUAUACAUCUUUGGAGUUUGCAUGACUCUUCCAUCCUCUAAAAGCUGCAGAAAUAAGGAAAUAAGGAAAAUAGAAAAAGAAAAAACAAAGAAAAAGAAAACAAAGGAGGAUUGCAAAAGUUUACGUUGUCUGGAUCCCUGUAACCUGAGUGUGAGGAAGGCAUAGUGAUUCCAAACUAAAUGCCUAGUGUGAAAGCUGAUGUGUUUGUGGAACUCAGGUCCCGAACAUAGUGCCCAUGGGCACCGUGCUGCUAUUAGAACCCCUCUGCCCACCAAGAGCUCUGCCCUACCCAUUUUUUAAAAAGUGAAGGUUGUUUUUGUUCUUGUUUUGCUUUUUGUUUCGAGGACAGGAUUCUAGGCACCACCAGUAUCACUUCUGUGAAAUGUGUGUUUUGUGAUGCCCAACACAUUUUCUUUGAUUUCCAAAUAUGCAUUCUGGCCCCAAAAUGUUGGGGAAACCUUGCUGUAAUAUAUUCCAUAGAAUGUGUAAAAUGUAGUGAUAUUCCAUUCAUGAAACAAAGUUAUAUACAAUAUAUUUUACUCCUCUCCUAAACUUGACACACUCUAUAAAAUACACUAAAAUGAUCACUCAAAUGUUACAAUGUUUAACUUUAAUUUCUUAUAAUUGUAGAAGUAUUUUGAUUUCUUCUAUAGAGUUUUUGAAGGUUGUAAAUUACAGCAUGAAAAAUUGACCAUGGGAGAGGUGUGAUAAAUUGCAUAACUUAAAAUUAUGUGGGGGUUUUUUUGGGGGGGGGGGGAUGCAGGGCUGUGAAGGGAUAGAUACAUAGCUACCUAAGUCAUCAUUGUUAUAUCUUCCCUCUUUAACAGAAAUCUAUUUAGAUAAGAAAAUAUUGUAAAUGGCUGUGGAUAUUAUCCAAUGUCCAUUUAUUAAUUUUUUAGAAUUCAUUUUGGAGUUUCAAGAGGAAGAUUGGGGUGGGGACAUCAUGACUUAAUUGACAUAGGCUUUAGGACUGCACAUUCUAAUCUAAGGGAAGGGAAAUUUAUUGCAGUUUCCUAUCUACACAUGUUUUAAUAUUAAAUCUGAUUCUUUACUUGGAUUACUGUCUAAUUAGUGUAGGAUUAAGUAUCUCAAAUAUUAAUUAACUUUUGGAUAUGCUACUCUUUAGUCUUGUGUUUAAUCAUCAUCUUUGUGCCACAAAAACAGAAAGCCUGUAGCUUAGCAGACUGGUUCUAAAAUCUGUUGUGAGAAUUUGGGAUUAUUUUGUAAUACUCUUUUCUAACAUUUUGCUAGAUAUCUUGCCCACAAAGAUCUGCCUUUGAGGCUUCACCAAGAGACAUUGUGCUUUCCUUUAGCAACAUGUGUUGUUCUCUCUGCUCCCAUGCUCCACAGCCAAUUGGUUGGAAAGGCUGGUGGCUCUGAAACUAAUUUUGGGUAUUGGGUAUAGACUUCUUAGAAUAAAAAAACCCAACAAUUUAUAAAUGUAUAAAUUUAGAAAUUAAAUGUGUAAUUUUUCAUAAGAAAAAUAUGCUGAAAGCAGUAUUCCAGCACCAAAAUGUUUUUUUUUUAAUUACAUUUAUAUUAUCUUUCUUCCAGGGAACUCAAGGUGGCAUACAUAGUCCUCUCCAUUUUAUCCUGGCAACAGCUCUGUGAGGAAGGUUAGGCGUAAAGGCUGUGAUUGGCCCAAGGUCACCCAAUGAGCUUCAUGGUUGAGUGAGGACCACGAAUAACCAUGUCUCCCAGGUCCUAGUCUGGUGCUCACCACUGCAUCAUGCUAGCUUAGCAAUCAAGGAUUGCUUUAAUGGCACAGAGCGGUGGUUAUUACAUUUCAUUUUGUGCAAAAAUGUUUUCUUAAGUUUGUCAAAAUGAAAAUGGGUUAUGUGAGCAUUUGAAUUGAAUGUGGGAGACAAUUUCCAGAUAAUUAAUAAGGAAUGCAAAAAAAAAAAAAGUGGGUUUGUUCUGUAGUGGCACACGGUACAGGGACCACAUUUAUAGAACCAGAUCUUCAUAUUGUCCUCUUCCCUUCCAUUUUUGGGGAUGAAUGGGUAGAAUUAAAGAGUCCUGCUGGCCACAGGUGGGAGACACAGCUCCAUUUUAAAGGACAGCUGAGUGGUUCUAAGUCAGGCAUAUCCAACUCCUAAGAGACUGUGAUCUACUCCCAGUAUAAAAAAAACUGGCAGUGAUCUACCCAUUGUCAUUGGACGGAGGAGGAGCAUGCGUGGGGUGGGUGGAUUGCCCAGAAUUGUUGAGCUUUUUGGGGGAGGAUUGCACAAGGGUUUUGAGUUUUACCACAUAACUUCUUGUACACGAUAAGGAUCCCGUGAUCUACCAGGAUCUGCUGGGGAUCUACUGGUAGAUCACAAUCUACUGGUUGGACAUCCCUGUUCUAAGUGAUUCAUUUUAUCCUAUGAGCUGUAGUGUUAUCAAUCUGCCUAGUGACUGAUUCUUUCAAUCUAUCUAUAAACUGAUGGUAGGGCUCCGAAUGCUGUUGCUUAAUAUUGACAAAGGAGCUCAGCGGUUGCCCUGAGACAGGGACUUUCCGGAAGGCGCGUUAUACACAGGUCGUGGUGCAACUAAAAUGUAAAGGUGUCAGCGUCGCCUGGGCUGGUAUAUUAUCAUACUGACCCGCGCCAUAAAGUUGAUUGGCUGUAUGCUGCGGAUCAGACAGGGCUGAUGCACUAUGUUUAAAUUCACUCUCAAACACCACAUAGUGAGCCGGGGAUAAAAGCAUGCGCAUCAGGUCUUUCCAGUCUUGAGGUAGCAUUGUAUAACCAGUUGCUAUUCCCUCUAGCAUUCCUAUUACAUAAGAGGAUUUUAGACUGGAAUCAGUAAUGGCUUUCCUUAAUUCUCUCAUUACAGAAUAAGGAAGCGUCUCGUACAAUACCUGCUGUUGAGCAGUUCCUGGGUUUGUAUAGGUGAUAGGGAAAGCAGAUGGCAUUUCACCAGCCCAUUCAGACUCUUCCCCUAAGGACAGGAGCCCUUUCUGCCUAGCCAGAGAAAGCGCAGCGCGCACAGCUCCUGUAGAGCAAACAGGGGCUGUGGCAGGCGAAGGAGGGAUGGGGGGGAGGAUGCAGGCUGAGACAGUUGAGACGUAGGAAGGGAUUGGCAGGGUUGCGAAGGGGGCAAAAGCUUAGGGUAAGGUGGGGGAUUGUCUGCAACGGCUAAAAGGGCAGGGGCCGAAGGAGAUGGAGAUGAUGCCUGAGGUCCUAAUUUAGCAACGGCAUCUGCACAUUUCUGCCAAGUGAGCAGACAAUGAAUCGGAGCCCUCGGUUCUGCAAAGAGGGUCUUUCCGAUCUUUUGCCAAGUUUCUACUUCCAAAGAACCAGUUUCUGGAUAGGAAGGGCACUGGCAAGCAAUCUCGUAUAGCAGUUGUUCAAUUUCUUUUAAAGAAAUAUGAACACCCGCCACCCGCUGUCUAACGAGAUGAAGCAAUUCUUUAGCAUGCUCUUUCUGGAAUUUAGUCAAUUCCCCUCCCAUACUCACGAAAUAGCGCGCUGAGACUUUUCCAGUCGAGUGAAGUAUGAGGGCUGGCUGCGUAAGGGAUCUGGCAAUCACGUCGGGGUCACCAGAUGUUGGGUUGAAAUCACAACAGACGAGUAGCAAGUGUCAUAUGGGAGGCAUCUCUGGAGCAAGCCCCGAGAAGACUCUUUUAUUGAAUAUUACAACAUUGCCACAGGUGCACGCGUUGCUGAUUGGUUGAUACAAACACAAAGCAACUUGUUGCUGAUUGGUUAACACAAGUAGAAGGCAAGGGUUACAUAUAGGCAUUAAUCACCAAUAGAUUAAAGGCUGGGAAAGGGAGCACAGAACUAGACAGGCAUGAAACCUCCUAAUUAAAUUAUAACUAAUGAUUGAUAUAGCAAGACUAAAACAAUUACUAAUGAUUGAUCAUAACAUGAAAGAAUACAAUAAUCGUGUUCCGUAGAUGUGGUCAACUGUGCAUUAAGAACAGGUCAGUCAGAGUAUAAUGUUUUCAUGAACUUAAGAUGAACUGAACAUCCUAGGGAAAUGAGGGAAUGUCUUGGUGUUUAGAACUGGUUGUACAGUAUGUUCAGAAGCAGAGAAAAGCUUAGAAGCAAGACUUCCCAGAAUGCUAGAGAAAAGCUUAGAAGCAAGACUUCCCAUAAUGCCACAGUCAUGUGCAGAGACAGAACUUCCCUUCACAGGUGGGAGGAAGCAGCAGCAGCAACAAUAGAAGCUGCAUUGCAUCUGGUUCACUGAAAGGAGCACUGGAAUGGUGGAGUGCUCAAGAGAGCAGUAGCAGCCCCCAUCCCUAACCCAGCCUUUCCUCCAAGGGUGGACUUACAGUGCUCAUGAUUCGUGAUGCUUGGAGGCAAAGCAGCUCAGAGUCUUCUGCUUCUCCCAACCAAGAACCUCUGUUCAGCAGACUGACCACCAUGAAAAGCUAGUUUUCCUCCAGGGAAGGAGCUGGAGCAGGUUUUCUCUUAUUCUAUUUUCCAAUUGCUCUAGACUUAUUUGCAAUACUCCUUGCUAAUACUUAACCGUGUUACUUAUACCUGCUGUUUCAUAUUGUACAUAUCCUUUAAGGUACACUUAAAGCAGACAGAAGAGGAAAGCCUUUCAGGUCUUUCAAUGAGGGGGCAGCUUAUUGAAGGGUCAGGGUGCUUGUAAAGCUCUUACAGCGAGAAACCUUUCUGUUCGCAUAUGAGUUUUCCUCAGUCAGAGAAUUGUUUACAUUGGAUAAUGUUCAGUCAUGACUUUUGCUACCUGCAUUCUUAAGUGGUAUAGUUCCCGGAAAGCUGUACCAUGUAAUUCUUCUUAGAAAGUAUAGAUCUGUUCUGUGUUGGAACCAUUAACUUCCCUUCUAUGAAGGGCCCAAGGAGGUGUACCUGUAUAUUCUCUGCAAGUGCAGGGAGGGGCAGUCCCCUGAAUGAGAUGCAGAAUUCAGCUCUUUGAUUUACACCCCUCUCUCUCUCCCUCCCCGCUUUUGAGGCAAGAUUCUUUCUAUUGCGUUUCUGAAAAUAGGUUUGAAAGCAAAUGGAUCUCAGGAGCUAUAAGGAUGGCAGACUGCAACCCCCAGUGAUCAGGAAGAGGGGCUUCAGUGUGACACAAUAUUCCUUUCCUCUCCCUUUCUUUAAGUAGCAUAAGAUAAGUAAAUUGAACUUUGGCAAAAUGAGUAGAAUUAUGCAGAUAGGUAUAAAGGUAUAAAAACAUUAAUAAGUAUGUGCUGGUAGCGUUCACACAUCAUGGUAAACUGUAGUUAAUUAUUUACCACGAACGGCUCUCACUUCACUCCAUUCCCAGUACAAGCAAGAACAACAAACUGCAAUCCCUACUUAGUGUUACAGCCAGACCAGGGAUCAUGGUUAGUUUUGCUCCAAACAAACCAUAGCUAGUUUGCUUGAACUAUGGUUUACCACGUUGCAUGAAUUGGGCCACUGUAUGCUGAAACAGCAGCACAGUACUGUUUUUGUGUACAAUGGAAAGAAUACAGUGGAAAGAAUACACAUGUACAUUACAACAGCCUUGAAACCAAGUUUAUCCAAUCCCUGGGCCCAGAAGACCAAAGGAAAAGUUGUGAAAACUGAUUCCUGUUCACCCAGCCGGUUUAUAGUACUGUUGCUGAAGCUGAGCGGGUUUAGCACUAAUCAGCGCCUGAAUGGGACACUGCUUAGGCAUCCUACAUAUGCCAUAUUGAGCUCCAUGGAAAAAAGGCGUAGUAGAUGUGUAAUAAAACCAGUUGUGAUGUUUAAAACCUUUUUUUAAUCUUGUGCUGAGAGUUCACUUCCUUUAAAAACAACUAACAGCAUCUUCAGGGGAUGUGGUCAGAACUGGAUGACCAGUUGGGAUGAACUAGGCAAGGUGGGGUUUAACAUUUCCCUUGUACCUUUUUCCUGCUAACAUUUCCUGCCCCAGCAACUACUUGAAACAUCAUUUACAGAAAAUAAGAGCGACUUCUGGGAAUUUUGAGGGGAAUCGUUCAUUAUGUAAUCGGAACAGAUAAAACUAAUCCUUCACCCACCCCCACACCUCAGCGUGGAGCCAGGUUGAGCUGUUCCACAUCACCUAUAAAUUUUAAGAGAAAAGCAGCUAAAUCCUAAAUACAAGAGUCAAAGGUACUUUUAACAUUGUGUCUCAUUCAAAUCACAGGGAAAUGUAUUAAUGACUAAUCAGCUUUGCAAACAACAGUAUCUUGAAUUCUACUUAGUAAGUCUUUGUAAACAUUUCCAGCAGCUGAAAACCCUAUGGGUAUUCCCUACAGCUUCAUAAAAGAAAUGUAGGUCUCCCAGUUCCCAGUACCUGGAAGCAAAAUAUUUUUGUACUGCUGUCGGAACAAGGGUCCAGAAUGUCCACUAGCAGCGUAUGGACUUGUCAGAAGGCACCUUCUAUCAACGUGCUUUGCUUGUUAAAAAUUUAAACUACAAUCAUAUGCACACUUACUUAAGAGUCAAGUUAAUUAAACUCAGUAGGACUUGCUGUGCUUACUCUGGAGAAAUCAUGCAAAGGAUUGCUCUUAAAAUGUUUCACCAGUGAAUCAAUCUACAUACAAGCUUCUACUCUUUUUCUAGUCUCUGACACAAUGCCUUCCCCACAGUCCUAGAAACUGGUUAUUCCACUCACUCUGAUAAUUUCUGGGUAGGAGGAUAGGUCAGCAGUUUUGUGAACUAGCUAUUGUGUGUAUUGUGAUCCUAAAUGCACUUACAAAUAGUAUUUACUUGUGAAGAAAUCUGAAGUUGGCUAUUACAUAGCUGUAGUAUUCAUGGCUGCUAUGUUGGGGGACCCCAGCUAUAAGGCAUCAAGUUUUAAGCCUGAAGCUGCUGGAUUUUUCAGAUUUAACAUACAUUUUCAAGCAACGUUUAUGGGAAUAAACAUUGAAUGUUGAAAAAUAUUUAUCUGCAGAUUAUUGGAAAUAUUUUUGGAUAACACAAAUGUGUGCCUACAGAAAUAACUGAAUGGUUGAGUGAUUCAUUCUGGAUCAUUCAGUUUAAACAACUUGGGACCUACGGUGUGGAAUGAAUCAGAAAAUUUUAGCUAUAUCGGCUGCAGGCCAUAACUCUUGACACUAGAAUACUCCAAUUGGAUUGGCACACAACUGCUAGAUUAUCUUGUCUAAUGUAUCAACCUACAAUGCUUGUACGGGACACAGGUGGCUCUGUGGGUUAAACCACAGAGCCUAGGGCUUGUCAAUCAGAAGGUCGGCGGUUUGAAUCCCCGCGACGGGGUGAGCUCCCAUUGCUCCUGCCAACCUAGCAGUUAGAAAGCACGCCAGUGCAAGUAGAUAAAUAGGUACCGCUCUGGCGGGAAGGUAAAUGGCGUUUCCAUGCACUGCUCUGGUUCGCCAUGGUUAGUCAUGCUGGCCACAUGACCCAGAAGCUGUACGCCGGCUCCCUCGGCCAUUAAAGCGAGAUGAGCGCCGCAACCCCAGAGUCGGUCACGACUGGACCUAAUGGUCAGGGGUCCCUUUACCUUUUUACAAUGCUUGUAUAAGAUCCCUGCAAUGCCAGUGUAACAUAUUUUGUUGCAUUGCCCUAGCACAGCAGUUGGUAUACACUCAACUGUAAGUGCAUAUUGACUGGCUCUACAAGUCUUAGGAUCAGAGAGUAAAUUCCCAUAAAUCCAUGUGUCUAAGCUUAACUGGGUUACCAAUCAUAGUAAUUAGCUGUUACCUGGAGCUUUUCAUCCAUUUGGGGAAGGUAUGUAUUUCAUGGUUCCUUUCUGAAAGCUGAUGUAUUUACUCAGCACCAUCAUGUUUUACAUCGGUAGUAUUAGACUUUCUACUGUUUUUCUUUGCUGGAUGUUAAGUGGAGAUGUGGCAUUACUGAAGUCAUUCUAUAUACAUUUUUUUUAAUGUGAAUAAUAGAAACCAGAACAUGAUGACAUCUCUUCCCUUACAUAUAUAGGUUUCAGGCUGGGAAAGACAAACUUUUUCCAGAUUGUUGUUAAAUGCUUCAAAUGUCUCAGGAUGAGGAAGCUCUUGAGUGCUACGAUUUUAUUGCAGUGUUCAGAAUAAUUCGUAACAGCCUGAUUAUUAAUUGCAUGGCAGGCAUCCCUGCAAUAGGAUUGAAUACUGUUGUUGACUAAGUAAGUGCAGGCAUUGUAUAGAUAGCUGUUUUUCUUGUGCUCUUGCAAGAGCCCUUUUUGCUUGUAAAGCAGAAAGUGGUGUGGAGAAGCUAUGUGAUUGGAAUGUUGCAAUGUACCAUAGGGCUGCCUUUGAAAAGUCCCAUGCAUAGUUCAGCUGAUCCAGAAUUCUGUGGCCAGGCUUCCAAGGGCAAAUUACUCCCUUUAUUUCAACAGUUUCGCCAUUUGCAGUUUAAAGUUCAGGUGAAAAUGUUAAAUAAUUUGGAACCAAGGCUAAUUUGGUAAGGGUGUUGGGGAUUGUGGUUUGGUGAGGGGUAUACAGUUCCCAGGAAUCUCUGGAGGAAGCAGUCUGCUUUGAAUAUAUGGUGUGUUUGCAUCCCCCUGUCCAGAGGCCACUCUAGGGGAGUGCCACUGGUGCAGUUGCAUCUGGCAUGGAGUGCUGGAGCAGGUUCCACUACUUGUACUCCAGUGGAAGGCGAAAGGCAGGGAGAUGCUGGAUUUUGGGGGAAUUUGAUACGCCAAGGUCCACCACUGCCCUGUCAUUAAGAUUUUCUGAAGAGGCUCUCCUCUGUGGCCUUUUAACAUCUAAACUCUCUUGGACAUGGGAGAAGACUUUCGCUGAGGUUACUCCAAAGCUAUGAAACUUCCCAGCUAUUGAGGGCUGCCUUGCAUUGUCUCUGCAUUCCUUCUAUCAGUAUGCAAAGAUCCUUCCUUCUCUUUUCCUGCUAGGUUGUCACCCUGGCACUUGAUCUGUAAAUUAUGAUCUUCUAUCUCUUAUCCUAAUUUUUUUGUAUCCGAUUUUUUUUAUUAGCCUCUUGGAUUUGCUUGUUUUUAUAUUGAAAAGUGGGUACAGAUAACUUUAACUAAAUAAAGUAAUAAAUACAUGUACAGAUGCACAGGUGCAGAUGGAUUUCAUACUAGUGUUGAUUAUUGGAGAGAGAAAGUAUUGUGUCACAUAUAUGUAUCUAUUGAGCAUAACACGUUCCCAAACCCCUAUGCCGCCAUUUAUGUUAGCAAAGAUUAUCUAAAUGAGUCUAUAUAAGUUUUCAGCAUCUUGAGCUAUAAUCACAGAUACAGGUUUUUUUCUGUGAAGGCAGAAUUACAAUCUAAAAGCUAAAUGAAUAUCUGGUGAAGGAACAAAGGAAGUUGGAAGCUAAUUUGUGCCUUGGCACCUUCUUCAGAGACUAUCAAAGUCUUUUGAUAGUUAUAUUCUGUUAAAAGUUAGUAGCCCUAAUUCAUAAUUGUCCUUUUGAAAUAGUGGGUGGUGAGAGAAAACAUCAAAAGGAACCAAGGAUGAGAUAAUGGUUAGGAAGCAUCAAAUGGGCGGAAGUAUCAAAUGUGAUCUAACACAUAUUCUAUGUGCUGAAAAUGUUUUUUGAGAUGGCUGAUGCUUUUCAGAUGGUUGAAUUUACAGUGCACAUAUCAUCAUAUAACCUCUUCCAUUGACUUUAAAGAAGUCUAUAGAUAGCUUCUAUUGACUUUGCUAGAACAAUAUGCCACAAAGGAUUCAAGGCUGCCAUCAGAACAUAGCUACCCAUCAACUCCACCUAGUCUUUCUCUCUGUAAUGAGUAGAUGAACAGAACACAUUUCAUGAUGUCAUAUUCUGAGUUUCUUCUCCUUACUCCAACUCAUUGGCUGCUUCUUAUAAAGGUAAGGAAAUGUGGAACAUGAUGAGAUCAUGUCACACAUGUCACACAUUUUGUUUUUUCCAAACUAGAGGGGGUCAACAUAGUGUCCUCCAGAUGUUGUAGACUUGUACAACUCCUGUCAUCUUCAACCAUUCACUGUGGUGGCUGGGGCUGAUGGCAUCUGCAGUCCACAACCUCUUGUCGGCUGUUCCUGUUUUAACAUUAGUGAUGGGGAGACAUUGCUGUUUUAGGCUGCAGCCACAAGCCUCUUGAUAUUGUCUAGCUACACACUUAGGAUGUCAACAAUAUACAUUUAUGCCAGUUUUCAAACUCCCUUAUCUAUCAUUACUUCAGCUAAGAAAUCCUUCAAACUUCAGUUCAGUGCAUAAACGCAGGAUCUCUAAUGGAAGAUUUUCAAUAACCUCAUAAAACUACAAUGAGCAGGUUCCUUUGAGGGAAAGUCCAGCAGCCAAAUCUGUUCAGGCGAAGAUACAUUCUUAGUAACAUGGCUAGACACUGAACUUAGAUCAUUAACUACUUUGUUUACUGCUUUUGUCAACAGAGAGGCUAAUUGAUCAGUUGCUUUAAAUGCAAGUCUCCAGUUCUUGCCCAUUAAAGGAUUCUGUUUUGCUUGUGAUACUGCUGUUUUCAACUUGCUACUGAUCCAAGCAACAGGGAUGAAGCUGUGAUGCUUUUCUUGGAGGUACUGGAAAUUCCCCUUCCCUGUGCUGAGAAAAUGAAUGGUACCUUUAUUUGGUUCUCUUUAUCCAUGGUGUACAUGUUAGCAUUUAUAAAUUAGAGCAUUUUUAAUUUACUGCUCAUCUGGAUGGACUGUUAGUGUUUUUAUUUUUCUCUUUUGCUUUACAUGCUUUUUUAUUAUUUUCUAUUGUACUUUUAUCAUUUCUUGCUGCUUUGUUACCUACCCUGUGAACAUAAAUUUGUGUUGAAGGUGCAUGAUAUAAAUUAUGUAAAUAAGUGUAUGCAUGAAUGAAUUUCGGGAUUUAAAGCUAAACUAAACGAUAGAUAUAUUUUAACAUGUAUUAUAAACUUACUUUUCCUGCAUAAUUCUGGCUGUGCAGCAUAAUUGAUGUGUAGCCUCUGAAGUCCAUUUGUCUUAUUUGGGAAUUGCUUUUUUGUUGACUAUCCAAAUGAUAUAGAGUAGAUUUUGUUUCUUAAGCAAGAAAGAAGGUGUGCUCCUCCCUCAUUCAGUGUGGCAGUUAGAUCAUUUUAGCCUGUAGAGUUAAUGGCCUUAUGGGGCACAGGAUAUUUUUAUGGUAAUGUGCAUUACUUCACUUGCCUCAAAAUGUGCUGUGCCAGCCUUCCUGCAUUUGGGAGCCCUCAUGCUAAUUCUGCAGAGUGGAGCCCUGGGUUUAUGCCCCAAAGUGAUGACUUACACCCCCCCCCUCCAAUAAAGUUCUAAUUUCUUUUGUGGUGCAUCCAAAAUUUAGGAGGAAUUCACUUGGCUAAGUUCUUUUUCCAUUAUGAGCAGAAAACUUGCUUUCAUAGGGAAUUUCAUGAGGAAUUAAGUCAAGGGAAGUGUCCAUUUGGACCAAAGGCCAGUGCAGGUUCAGAAAAGUGUUUCAGAAUUUCUGGACAACAACCACCAGUAGAACAAGCUCAUACCUGCAGACAAGACAAUAGGUUAUUUGGCUUUGUUUACUGUAUGGGCUGCAAGUUACAGGCUGGAUUUGGAUCACAUGGGACACCUAAAAAAAAUCAUUGUCUUAGUAUCAGUGUGUGGUGUCUCUUCCCAUUAAGAGGUUUUUGUUUUAGGCUGAUAAAACUGUUUUCCAGUCUGAUGAUGAAGAAGAAAAAUAAGACUUACUCAUCAUCUUAAGUACUUUUUCAGAAGAUUGCUAAUCAGAGUCUCACUUCCUGAAUACCAGACAAGCUGAGAAAAGACCUUAGUAACAGAGUGGGUUUGUUUUGUUUCCAAGACACAUUCAUUUUAUCUGCUCUUCGUACUAAUCCUUAAGACCCAGCAGUACUGUAAAAAGAUUGUUACUUAGACUUAACAGUGAAAAUGCCUUUCUGGGAAUGAAGACUUGAUAAAUGGUGGCUUUGAAGUUUGAUAUAUGAGUUUUCUUUAGACAAGUUGUUCUUCCCUUGAUCUAAAUAUCUUUCUGAUUAUUUCUAAUUAUGAAAUUUUAAGUUGAAAGCAUGUCCUUCAACUGCAGUUAUUCACAUCUACAUGUCCAUUUAGCAACUACACCAAUAAAUUAUAGGGCAGAGUACAAACUUAGAUAAACUUUAUUCGCAUUAGCCAACGGCCAUAGCAACAUAAAACAAGCAAUAUAUACAAUUAAAAAAACCAACAAUGGGUAAAAGGGGCGUUCAAAUGACCAAGAUUAUCGUUCAGAUAGUGGCCCUUAAUCUCAUUGCACCCUCGAUAAACCUUUGCUGUUGUCUGAUCAUUUUGAUCUGAUAAAAGAAAGAACAAUGUGGUUGCACAUGGGCGGCCUGGAAUGGUAAGUAAGAGUGGGGUGAUGAUCUCAUUCCUCAGAUCUUUAUAAAGGGGACAGGACAGGAGAACAUGAGCCACUGUUUCCAGAUUGCCACCUCCACUGGGGCAGAGUCGUUUCUCAAUUGGAAUCUUUUGAUAUCUGCCCUCAAGUACGGCAGAGGGCAUCACAUCCAAUCUGGCCAGUAUGAAGGCACGUCUGUAUUUUGGGAUAGUUAAUUUAUACAAAUAUGGUGCCAGAGAAUCAAACUGAGAGGGGGGGGGAGGCAUACCAAGGACAGUGUUUCUUUAUAAUGGCCAGAUUGUUCUGUUGCUCUUAAGUCCUUCAGACGCUGUCCAGUUAGCCUUUUUGCUUUAAUAAAGCCCAUCAUGAGAAGCUGAUGUGGGUGGAGUCUGCAGGAGAGGAAUUUUUGGUGCACAAUUUUAGACCACACACUUUUAUGGGGGUCUUUUGUCACCAAGGGCAGUAGACUGGGUGGAUUUAGAUUUAGACGGAGCCAAUAAUUAAGAGUUCUUUGCCAGGACCGAGCUUCUACGCCUCCAGUCGUAAUGCUGCAUUUGGGACACAAGAUGAUACAGAAAAAAUCUGCCUUAAAAAUUUGGAUUGGACAGUUUCAAGAAUGCUACAAUGAUUACCCAUCCAAAUUUGGGCCCCGUAAAGUAUCUGUGCCACAGAUUUGGCUUGAAAAACUAAUAGGGCUGCUGGGAUGUAUUUGCCGCCCUUUGUAUGGAAAAAACGGGACAGCAUCUUAGCACUUUGGGCUGCUUUUUCUUUAACACAUUUUUGGUGUACAUCCCAUGACCCCAAUGACUGGAAGACUGUGCCCAGGUAUUUAAAGGCUUUAACCUGUUCAAUUGGGUGAUUGUCCAUACUCCAGCUAUGUGAUCCAUGUUUCCUUGCAAAAACCAUGACUUUGGUUUUCUGAUAGUUUACCACCAGCUGUUCUCUCCUGCAAUAUGCUGAGUAUUCUCCUACCAACCUUUUAAGGCCUAUUUUUGUUAGAUUUUGUCUUAGAUGUGCCCGCUUUGAAUGUCUCUUUAAUACCUCGUGAGUUGGCUUUAUUUGUUCCAGUUGUGGCAGGAGAUGAUAAUAGAUUAAAAAGUUUCUGCCACUGCUUCUUACAGGUAUGGUGAAUUAUCCUGGACAUCCUUAAAUUUUUAAUGUUUUUGCUUUUCUUCUUCUUGGGCUCUGAUUUUUUCCCCCAUGGUUUGUUGGUAUGUAGUGUGUGAUUUAUAGCAUUGGGACCAGAGGAAUUUUUUUUAUAUUGAGGAGGACUGUGCAUAUCUGAUGUAUCUGAUCCUGCAGGUACUCGCCCCACACUUCUAUCCUAUUUUCUUAGAAGUGGGGCACUGGCUAUGAUGUUUUUUUCUGGGAUCCGGGGAUAGCCUUUGAGGCUUAACAUGCAUUGUAUUAAUUGUUUUUGUCUUUGUGACAUUUUCUACUAAGCUUGAGCCAAGCUUGUUGAAUGGUUUGUACUCUCAUGGUCUAUUCGUAGUUCUUUGAGCUGUAUUGACCAGUCCAGCACAUUGGGAGGCAGCGGGAUAACCUCGUCUAGGGAGCUCUUAUUCUGAACUCUCUUGCUCACUUCUUUUUGGGGGAAAUAACUGGUGAUUUUGCUUUGCCUCCUUCGUGGCUCCGUAGAGCUAUGAGGUAAGGUUAGCGUGAUUCCCAGGUCCUUACAGUUCUUCCUGGUAAGGACCAUAAUAGAUAUAGGGCAUGGGGUAAUUGAAUAUCAGCAGUUCUCUGAUGACCCUCUGUUCCGGGGGAGUUUAACCUUGCCUUGGCAAAUGCCAGUCCAGGUGCUAACACUUAAAGAGAAUCACUAGUGAGGGCAAGGAUUUACAGUAGUUGCCACUGAAGCUUACUGAUAUCUCCAACAGACGAUAAGAUAAUAGCUGAUGCCAAAUAAAAAUUAUUGAGCCAAACUUGCUUUCAGUUCCUCAGGUAAUCAGCUGGUUCUAGUUUCUAACUGCGACAGAGGACUCGGCGUCUUCGCAUAGGGAGUGUUUUAAUCUCAUUUGCUAAUAAGCCUCUUUGCAAUAUUUAUUACUGGAGGCAGGUUGUCGAGCCUCGCUCAAAAUGACGUUGUGAGCCUUGUGAGGCUAUAGAAACUUAUAGAGUUUAAUAAUGCCUCUCAUUCAGGGGGGGCUGGAAGGGAGCUCAGCUUCCUGCAACUUCCUGCAGCCUCACGAUGGAGGUUGUUAGUCCGAUAAAAUAGCAGGGUAGAACAAACUUAAAGAAGCAGCCUGUACCCAUUUGGUUGCAGUAGCACAGUCUGAAUAGUUGAUCAAAAAUGGUACAAUCCCUGUUUUCAUUUGUACAAACAUUUGUGAGAGCAGAGCUUUAGACAGAGCAGAGCUUUAGUCAGAAGAGUCUAGGGGUUCUCCCAUGGUUUACUGUAGACAAUGCUUAGAAUUUCAGUUUGGUAGAGCGGCUGGGUUGGAGCACUCUUCCAAGAGAUACUUAGGCCCUGACCAAACUACAGUUUCCAGUCUUCCUUUGGGGAGUUUCUGCACUUAAAUGUAACAAUUUCCCGAAUGUGUAAAUUAGCUUCACUGGUUUAUUACAGAAAUCAGACAAAUUCAUGGAGGAUAGAAGGGCUACUAGACAAACCCAGCAUGUCUAAAUCAGUAUUGUCAACAUUCUGGAUUAAUUAACCAUAGUUUUUCAGUUUUGGAAACAAUGGUUCAACAAUCCUGGAAGCAUUUGAUUGUGACACAGAGAGGCUUACUGGGACCACGAAAAUGUGCAGGUUCCCAGAGAGGAGCUCACACAUACUUUGCUCCUUUUUGGUCCUUUUAGGUCAGCUGAUGUUUGAUUUAGCAUGUCAUCUGAACCUGGGAUUAUGGUUAAACUCUCCUUAACGACAAUCAAGAAAUCAGAUUCUGCUCAGAUUCAGGCAACAUAUUGCUUGGAUUAGCUGCUUUGCUGCACUCAGCUAAAAGGACCUGGAGAAGCAACCUGGCUUCUGGCUUCUCCCCAGGAGCCAGCAUAUUCACAUGUUUGGCUUAGCAUUAAGUGCAGAUAUGGCCAGACAAAGGAGGAGGAAAGGAGCUGUGUGAGGAUGGAGCUUUUGCAUAUCUGGGCUUAAUGAGAAAUGUUAUGUCUUAACUGGGCCAUCAUGGUGUAGGAAGAUCCAAGAUUCUCACUGGAUGACCCCGGCCAAAUCUCUUGCAACCUAACCUACUUCUCAGGGUUGCUGUGAGGGUAAAAACAGGAGUUGAGGCAAAGCACAUGUAUGUUUCCUGAGCUCUUUGGAGGAAAAGCAGAUGUAAAAUGUAGUUAAUUAAUAUGGAGAUGUGAUGAGAACAGCAGAUGAAUGGAAAAAAGUUAUGUUCUCAUAGCUGUGGUUUUGAAGGGUUGGGACUGGUCCACCCUGUUGUUAAUUUGCCUGUGUUUCAGAUUUUGAUUUGCAAGUGGUGGGUUGCAAGAACUUUGUGUAGGUGGGUUGCUAUGCAUCAGCACAUGGGAAUACUGAGCAGAACACAGCAGAGGUUUCUAGAAGAGGUAGAAGGAUGGAGCCAAAAACCAUUUUCAUUGGCUAAUGUCCUAAAAAAUGGUAGGGUGUAUUCAUAACAGAAUCAAAUGUACCAUGAAGCUCUCUGAUAGUGAAUUAAGUUCCUGAGAACCUAAUUUAAUAAUUUAAAAAUACAAGGCUUAGGAUGCUUGCUCCCCCAGACUGUCAUCUGCCCCUGAAAUGUCUGAAAAUGUCUGAAAUGUCCUCUGAUGUCAGGACUGAAAGUCUUCACCUUCUACUUUCCACUAAGGCUCCUCCCCAGCCAGAUGUUUUCUGAGGAGCCUCAAACUCCACUAGGGGGAGGGGAGGAAACUGUGCCUGUUGUUCUGCUACAUGCACAGCUCUUUUUGUCCUUGGAGUCAAGGGGGGAGGGGAGCUUAGCACAGCAGGAACGGCUUGCUCCUGGGAUGUUUAUACAGCACCUGUCCUUUCCAUCAGCUUAGUCUGAGCUGCUUUCCACCCUUGGCUCCUCUUGCUCACCAAAGCCUGUUGCAUCUUAAGCAUCCAACCAUUCCUCCUGUCCCACCACCACUCCCCUGGCUCUGAGCCUUCCUGCUCUGAGACUUCCCUAGGAGGUUCCCUAGGUGGUGCUUCCCACCACUCCUCUUCUCUGACACAAACUUAAAGAAGCAUAUUGGUCUAUCACCACCUUCUCUAGAAUAGGCUUUAAAUAGUCCCAGUUCCUCUGUACGUUUGUUGUUGUUGUUGCUGCUGCUGCUUUGUCCAUUUUGGCAAACUGAAGAAAUUGCCAUUGCCAUUCCUUCUUCCCAAGAUGAAUUCUCUUGCUUAACUUGUGCCUUCUCUUGCUUAAUUUGUGCCCCCUCAACAGGAGGAUCAGCACUGGGGCCUGCUGCUCCCUCAUCGGAGGAUCAUCUCCCUUCCUCUUUUCUCUUCUUCACUCAUUCUCUGCUCCGAUUCCGAACCACUGUCUCCUGGUGCUGCUUCAGUUGCCCAUCGGCUGCCGAGUCAGCUCAGUCCUGAAGCUCAGCUGUUAGAGACGUUCAUCGGAAAGCUACCUGUUUUGUCAAAGGCAAAAGGAUUCUUUGAAGCAAAUGCUGGACCAGUGGAGGAGAAAGGCUGGAUUUAUUGAGCAAAAUCAUUUCAUACACACACAAGGGUACAGAACCCCUCCAAAGGAUCAAACAAUUCCUCCUCUGCACAAGGAUAGACAGGCAAACAAUAACCAAACCUUAACGCAGAAUACUAACCACACAAGCAACAACCCCUCCCUCUUUACCAGGGUAUGAUACCAGACAGAUGCCAGGAUCCCUCCUUCCACUUGUAUGGAGUCCAGGGGUAGCAGCAGAGUAGAUUGCAGUCUGGCCAGUUAUGCAGCACCUGCAGCAGUGUGGGCCUGCAUCCUGGCCCAAGCCCUAUGGUUUUAUCUGCUCCAGAGGUGAGGCUAAAUGUCCUGGCUACCUGCACCGGUUGUGAUUGGUACUACCUUCACCUGGUCUGGGAUUCCCAUGAUCCAGGACAGCAAAGCAAUCAACCCACAGUAGGCCAUCUCCAACAAAUAGGAGUGCUCCUUCAAGCACUUAAUCCAGCAUUGAAUGAAGGGUUAAUCAUGCAAGACUGCCUACACCUCCUUGAUUACAGUUCUUCCGCAUUUCCAUUACACCAGCCUCCUACAACUUAAGCCUAACCAUGCCCUCAGGUGCAGCAGAAGACAAGUCUUUGCCCUGACAGAUUUUGUGGUUAGAUUUUGUUUGGAUCAGAAAUGUAGAUUGGAAAUGUUUAAUUGGCAGGGGGGUGGGAACUACAUUGGUAAAAUGGUGGUGAGAAAAGGUUCACUAUUGUAGAAUUACAGUAUAAUUUUGCAGCACUAUAGCACUCUUUCCUUUACGUAGUAGUUCACUAUUUUUUUAAAAAAAAACACAACACUAGGAAAUCAGUUCAGUGCCAGUUAAAAGACAGAUUGUUAAAAUGGGAUGAUUAAAUGAUGUCCACUUUUAUGUGUCCUGAACUAUGAUAGGUUCUCUGUCCAUCACUGCCCACAUAAAAACAACCCCUAUUCUUUCCUUUUCUUACGGUGAAACUGUAAGGCUAAGUAAGGCAUAUGCAUCUGUGGAGUUUUCAUGACUUUCCAGCCCUCUAAAAGGUUGGAAUUAGAAAAACCAUUGUGAAGACAAAGGAAGACUGCAAAAGCUUAUGUUGUCUGGACCCCCGUAACAUAUGAGUAUGAGGAAGGUGUAGUGAUUUCACACUAAAUGCCUAGUGUGAAAACUGACGUGUUUGUGAAACUUGGGUCCCUGUGCAAUAAAACACAAACAUCUGUAAAAUAAAUCAUAUUUCAGAAUAAACCCAUUUACAACAUGAAAUGAGUUCAUGGUAGAUUUUCAAUAUUAUGGAAGGGAAUAGCGCACACAACAUCUAGUGUUUUUGCAUUAUUAGGGUGACUAUGUCUUAGGUCUACAGAGAGAAACAAGUAAGGCAGAGCUUUUUUAACUAAUUGUUUCCAGACCUUCUGUGACUUGCGGAAGACUUUGGUUCUUCCGCUGUAUUAUUAACUUAUGAGUUAAGGGCAAUAUAAUAUCUAUAAAUCUGAUUUAGCAUUUGACUUUUUCCUAGUUUAUGUAUGCCCCAGUUCUCAAAGCACAAAUGAAAACGGGCUACUUUCUAAAAAGUCAGAAAGAGUUUCCUUUGUGUUUCUUUAUAAGUAGGGUAGAUCAAAUCAGAUUUUUAAAAAUUAAAUACAUUUUUAACUAUUUCAAAAAUAAAGUUUGAUAGAAUAAAAACAUGAUGCAAACGUGUCGAACGAAAGCUCAUACUUAUAAACACUAGAGGAGUGCAAUCCUCCACCUACUCUGAAGUAAAUCUCAUUGCAUUCAGUGGAACUUAUUUCCAGGUAAAUAGAUAUGGGAUUGCAGCCUUAAAGAUAAAUCCUCGACUGAGGACAUAGUGCAGUAUCACAUACAUUGGGUUAAAAACUGCUAUUUCACAUGAAUAACCAGUUCCUUUCAGGUCACAUUAUAAAUAUGCCAUUAUAGAUUAUGAUUAUGGGCUUGAUGCUGGGAGCUAGGAAUCUGGCUCUUAGAUUCAGGCUUUGGAGAUACCUCUGAAAUAUGAACUCAUUCCAUCUGGACAGUUUUGUACUCCUGUUAUAAUGCCCACCCUGUCAACUCAUCCUAACUUCUAUUUUGAAAUACAGACCUCCCCCUCCCCCCCCUUAAAAGGUUUAGGGCUGAAGUGCCAGUAUCUUCCUUCUUUAGGAAUCCCUAGCUCAUUUCUUCAAUGAUACUUGGUAUAUUUAGCACACUCUCCUUCCGUAUGUUGCUCUUCACUGGAAUAUUAAAAAGAGAAACAAUACAUUAUGUUAAUUGCUUUGCAAACACAUCAUUGUGUUCUGCCCUUGGAAUGCUGGUUCCUGGAGUCUCAGAUCUCUGGUCAGUCUUUACUGUAUUGUACACAGCUUCAUUUCAUCUCAGACAAGUGUCCUUGUGAGGUAGCUAAGAGUCUUUUAAAUUACAUUUAUCUAGUUAAGAGUGGGUUCCAUUCUUGAUUUUGCUUCCUCUCUGAACCACAGCUGUAGUUAGCAAUAACCCACAAUGAACUUUGGGCUUACACGUAACCUCUCUUCACUCAUCUACCUUUGUGGGCAAAAGAAAAUGAAAGCUUCCACUUAGAACAGACCACAGUCUUGUGCUACAUAUGAACUCGCGAAUGCGGAUUUUUUUUCUUUCAGUUUUUAUUAUUUCCAUUAAACGUUGCAAACAACAAAUAUAGCCACACAAGAUUAUUUCAGUUCCAAGCUUGUACAUAACAAAGCACAAUACAGAAGCAAGAAAAUCAUGUACCAACGAGAUAUUAUGAGCACUCUGCUCCUGUGCGUUUUGAGAUUCAUCUUAUCGCAAGGAUUCUGUACCUCAUACAUUACCCCACUUACAAUGACCCCCAUGUGGCCUCUUCACAUAAGCACCUGAGAGACUUGGGGAUAUAGGAUAUGUUGUCCCUUAUUUUGGGGAAAACUGUGGUUUUCUUUGGAGUAAGAGCAGAAGCCUUCAUUCUCCUGCUGUUGUGUGCAGAGGAGAAGAGAGAGCACACAAACCUAAGGUUUUCUGUGGUUUGUUCCUGAUCACCUGAGCCAUGUUUUAUGUGAUUAACUGAAGUGGUCCCUUUGCGCUUUGCCUUUUCUUCUCUUUCAUGAAAGCUUACAAUACUCCCCCCCUUUCAUAGUAUCUGUAUUAUUCCUCACAUCCUUUAUUUACUUUAGUUCUGUCAUAUCCGCUGUAGAACUUCACCUCUUGUAUUCCUGCUUCAUAAAAAGGCAACUUAUCUCCUAGUGCUUUGUUAAUUAACCCUCUGGGUGGUCCUCUUAAAAGGAUGUGUCUCCUUGGCAUUGCAGCAAAUCUUUGUUUCCAUUAAUCUGAGUCAAAUGACUACACUACAGCAUGGAAAGAUCGGGCCUCUUUUGAGUGGGAUGCAAUACUGUUGGUGACACCUCCUUCUUAAACAACAUGGAGAAGUUAUUAUGACCUACUUUCAAAUUAAAGUUACCAACAUAACUAUGAAUUUUGUUCAGUGUAUUUUACUAGGCUAUUUCCUCUGUCAUAGUUUUGUUAUAUUGGUGGAGAAGUUGUAAGUUCCUUUCAAUUCUGUUGCCUUGUACUUCUGCAUGAUUUCCUUUUGUCACGCUAUGAUAACAACUUGGAAGUUUAAAAUCAUAUUAGCUCCACUGGUUCUGAACACUUCAUUGCAGGGAGUUGAUGUAUGUCUGGGGUAGAUGUGAAUUGCUUGAGGCACCUUUUAGUAUCCUGCAUAAUAUAUUAUCUGAGGACAAUGUUGUUGCACCCUGUGUAUGUGAGGAUUCCUCUAUGGGUAAAGUUCUGUUGAAGUAACACUGCCCUCAUGUGGUGGAGGGUAAUGGGAAUGCUGACUUCUUUCUUUCCUCUUUGUCAAAAUUUUACUCUCUCCUUUUACUCUCUCUCCAUUCUCCAUAGACUUCCUGUAAAUACUGUUUUUUACUUGAAUACUUAACUCAGCUCUGCAUCUUCCUGUGUACUGUAUUGUAACACUGGCUAACAUUCUGUUUCAGAUUUAUGUUUGGCAGUCUCUCUUAAUUGCUCUUUACUACCUACUAUUGUUUUUCCCCCAUUCCUUGUAAUUUGUUCCACCUUGUACCAAGUGCUUGCUGCAAAUAUUCACUGCUCCUCUACCACCCACAUAGCUGUGUGUCUUAUUUAUUCUUUGUUUCUUCUCUUUAACAAACUCAAGCUUUAAUUGCUUUCUGUAUAUUGCUUCUAUCCUGACAUCCUAUGAGUGUCUUUCAGAACACACUGGUUUAAAAUUAAGAAGACCGGGUUUGUAUUGCAAAUUUAAAUAUCAAUCUGUGCAUUUACUGUUCAGGUGCCUCUCUUCACCCUCCCUUCCUUCCUUCCUUCCUUCCUUCCUUCCUUCCUUCCACCCAUCCCUUGAAGAUGACCACCCAAAUAUUUACUAAAACAGGAAAGUGAUGUUUUAGUAAUCAAGAGAAUCUAAAUUAUGAGAUGAUGAAUCAAAAGUAUAAAUAGUACAAACCUAGUGUCUAAAGUCUUUUUAAAAAAUUGGGGCUGAAUAAAUUGCUCAGAGAGGGAUGGAUCUUUGUUUUUCUUCUAGACUGUCAGAAGUGUAAGACCGCAUUCUCGCAUCACAGCAGUACUAAUGAGUUUGGGUCCUGACCUGCAGUUUCUCUGUGCCCUAAUAAUAUCCACAAGGCUUUCAUCAGAAAUACAGAUGCAAUUACUACUUCCUUGCAUCGCAUAUCUCUUCUUUUUGGAGAUUGUUUAGUCGUUUAGUCGUGUCUGACUCUUCGUGACCCCAUGGACCAGAGCACGCCAGGCACUCCUGUCUUCCACUGCCUCCCGCAGUUUGGUCAGACUCAUGUUUGUGGCUCUUUUUGGAGAUAGAAUAAUAUAAUUGGAGAUGUGAAUUCAUUUGAAGUAGCUAGGUUUAUGCCUCUCUUCCUAUCUUGGGCUGCAGCUCCCUCCUUACACCAUUUAUUCUGCUAUCACCAGGUUGGACUCUGCUUUCCUUUUGGGUAAAGACAAAGGCAAAGUAGGUGUUGAGCAGUUCUGCCUUCUCUCUGUCGCCCAAUAGCAUUUCUCCAUCUUCUCCACACAGAGGACCUACUACAGUACUUGCAUGUUCUUCCUAUUGCUUCAAACAUAGCCAAAUAAGCCUUUUAGAAUUAUUUUAGACAUUAUUUUAAAAUAUUAUCCCGUAUUAUUUGGUGGGAUUAGAUCUUGUCCACAAACAGCAUAGGCACUACUUAAAACAUUACAACAACCAGCCAAAAUCUGUGACACCUACAUCCGAUCUCCAGGGAAACAGCCACCAUCCUAAUAUGCUGAUAAAGCCCAAACCCUGGUCUCUGUGUCUCUUACUCUGUUUCUGACUUAAAACUGCAGUCUCUCUUCAAGGAUGUCUGGAUUACCUCUGGAAGGAAGGAGAAAGGCUUGCCUGCUUACCUGAUGGGGUUCCUUUUCCAGUUCAGAAUAUUCUAAAAAUAUUCAGUAUUAAGAGCAAUUGCCUAGGCAUUUUGUUUCCAUGGAAACAUAUCACCUGUCGUGGAAGAAGGCAUGUGCCAACUUUGCCAGGAUCACCAAGGCAAUUUCCACUAGGCUUCUCCUGUCUAAAUGUCCAGUCAUAAAAAAGGAAAAGAGAAUGUAGCACAAAAGCAUGCAGGGAAUAGAGAAUAUGUUCAUGGAAGGAAAGCCUGGAAAAGGUGAACUUUCAGCUGCUUGCUUGUCAGGAAGCAAGGUGUUCCACAGGAACAUACGGACACAGGACAGAGUACAGAAAAGGUGAGGGAAGAGGGAGAUUAAGGGCAAAAGAGAUUGUAAACUCUUGAAAGCAGGGGCCUGAGGUUUAAGAUGAAUGUGAUACAGAAAGGGAACCCAGUGAAAAAUAGAAAGAAUAGGGAAAAUAACAAACUAAGAACCAGAGAAACUAAGAAUCACAACUGAUUUUGAGAACUGAAGAAUGUUGAAGACUGAUCAGGAGAGAAAAAACUAGAAGGUCAUCAGUGUAAAAACUAUAACUAAUAUUAAUUAAAUGAAUAAUAGUUGCAAGGAAGGAAAGAUAAAUAAAUACAGUGGUACCUUGGGUUACAUACGCUUCAGGUUACAUACGCUUCAGGUUACAGACUCCGCUAACCCAGAAAAAUAGUACCUCAGGUUAAGAACUUUGCUUCAGGAUGAAAACAUAAAUCGUGCUCUGGCAGCGCGGCGGCAGCGGGAGGCCCCAUUAGCUAAAGUGGUGCUUCAGGUUAAGAACAAUUUCAGGUUAAGAACGGACCUCCAGAAUGAAUUAAGUUCUUAACCCAAGGUACCACUGCAGGAGGAAAGGGCUGAGAGAAACAGAUUUUUGGGGGUAUCCAAAGAGAAAGAAAAGAGGAACAAUGAGACAAACUGAAAAAGGAGGAACUCAUGAAAUAACUUUCCCAAGAAAAAAUCUAGAGAGUUCAAAGAGGCAAAAAGGAUAAUGUAGUCAUCAGUAUUGAAAACUGAAACAGUUGAAAAAGGAGAACUGACUGAUGGCCACAAGUUCUAACUGAAAGAACACCAUAAGUAACUGUUGGAAAAGAUGGGGGGGGUUAGGUGAAUGAAAACAACAACACUGGGGAAUAAAAGAUGAGGUGGGAAGGGAAGAUUGGAAAUAUGUCUGGCAUAUUUUUUCUUUUUAGAAUUGGAAGGACAAUAUCAGUUUUGAAAGGAACAAGAAAUGAAGGAGCCACCCAUUUUGAGAAACUUAGGCAGAACAGAAUCAUAUCAAGGGGAUUCUUUUUAAAAACAAAAAACCAAAAACCUGAAACAUUAGCAAAAUAACCUCAGUCAGGGUUGCAUGAAUGAGAGAGGAAGGGAGAGAGAAUGCAGGGUUGUAAAACAAAGUGAAGAAGAUGAAGUAACUGACAGAGGAGAGACACAAAUUGAAUUGAUUUAUUAGUAAAAUAUUGAGAAAAGAAAUGAAGAAAGAAUGGGAAAAUAUUAAAAUACUUACACCCUUGUCUUUCUGACCCUGAAGCAGCUAAUGGUCAUCAUAAAAGCAUACAUGCCAGUUAAGUAAACAUCACUUGUCCUAAUGCUGAACUCAGUCCCAGCAUGAUAGAUUUGUAGCCAAAAGAGAAUUACUGAGCAACAAGAAGGUAGUACCUGCAUGCUUAGUUAAAUCCUGAGGUAUGGACUUUUUAAAAAAGAUAGCCUUAGGGGACAAUUCCCCUUCCAUAAAACCCUUUAAAAAUUAUUUUUUUAAAGCAAACAUAAAAACCGGAGUUGUAUUUAACCAGCAGCUAAAGAACAAAAAAAAAUCAGAACUGGUAAACUCAUUAGAGUUACUUCUUAGAGUGUCCUGUGCAAAUGUACAUCUACACAGAUAUGUUUUGCCUGCCUUGUUGCCAGAGGGAAAAAUAAAAGUAGUUCAGCUGAAUCUCCUGGACUAAGAAUUCUACCACCUGACUGUCACCACCAAAAAGGCCCUGCCCCAUGUGCCAUGGAGUAAGGCCUCUCUUGACCAUCAAAGCGUAUCUGUAGGGUCAUAUGGGUUAAGACAGGCUUCCUCAACCUUGGCCCUCCAGAUGUUUUGAGACUACAAUUCCCAUCAUCCCUGACCACUGGUCCUGCUAGCAAGGGAUCAUGGGAGUUGUAGGCCAAAAACCUCUGGAGGGCCGAGGUUGAGGAAGCCUGGGUUAAGACAAUCCUUAAGGAUCAAAAACAAUGGGACUGAGAUAUUUUAAUUGCUGUUAGGCAUUAAGUAAUAUGAAUGCAUUGGAAGAGUUGCAUGUAGAACUUUGAGUAAAUAAAUAAAAUUAAAAUAAGUAAAAGCAGCACUUUAAAUUGGGCCUGGAAAUAAUUUGAUCUGAAAAACAGGCUCCUGUUAGCAUUGAUUUUGCAUUAACUGGAGUUCUGGAUAUUUUUCAAAUGUGGCCCAGUGUAGAGCACAUUAUAGCAAUCUAAACAGAAUAUUACCAAGCUGUGCAUAAGGACACAUUAGGUGCACCAAGUUGGGAAGAGAUGACAGGAAAAAGCAUAAGAAAUUGCAUGGGGAGAAAAGUAAACUUACUUAGCCAAAAAUAAAGCAAGUGAAAACGAAGGCAACACAAACUUGCAGCGAGCAAAACCUGUAGGAGAGCAAAUCUUGAGCCAAAGUCACUUGGAGGCUCAUGUGCAGGAAAUGUGAUAGUGGAGAUUGUGAUGGAGCCAGAGCUGAGGGGAGAAGGAAAUGCAAGAGCAAAGAGACAAGGGCGCAAAAUAAUCAAAUGAGAAAGAAACAGCUGGGGGAAAGCUGCAAAAGUGGCUGAUGUAGAAACAAACAAUAGGCAGCAGAGGAAUGAGCCAGGGUUCUUUUAGUGAAAAUAGCUCCUCAUAGACUGCAUAAACAGCGCAUACUGUAUUACAUUUACGCAAUACAUACUAUGGCAUUCACACAUUUGUACAUGCUACACCUAAACUGAAGCAUGUGAAUGGAGUUAGAAAACCUGAAGAGUUGGUGCCUAUCAACUUAAAAAUAAAUAAAAGCACUUGGUAAAGCAUGAGCUAUAAAUCAGUAAGUCAUGUGAUUUAUUCUGCAUGCUGCUUUCUCAUACAUUGUUCCCGACUGAGAUGCGUCUGUCACAAGUGGCUGUUAAGCAAGUUUCAUUUCCUGCAGUUCAUAUCUCAUGAUCUGUCCGCAAAAUACCGACACAACAUCUUUCUUGUAACUGACCUAAAAUGCGACAUUUGUGAACGGUUUAAAUUCAACAAAGAAUGAUUGUAUUCACACAAGUCCUAGUCAGGAUGCUGGGUCUUUUACUCAGGGCGCUUCGGAACGUAUACAUUUCCUAUACAGAAAUGUGAUUGUGGGAGAUGGGAGUCUGAGAACAACAUGUAGCUUGUAAUGUGUGGUGAUAAGGGAAUCUAAUUGCCCAGCUGUGUCAAGUCCAGCUCCAACUGGUUUGGGUUGCUAAAAGUUCAAUAGCCAGUUUAGCACUUCUGAACCAACCGGUUUGUUUACGGUUCAUGUGGAAAAAUUAAAAUGCCACCUGCAUUAUUUAUUUCAUUUUUAUCCUGCCUUUCUUCCACAUAGCUCAAGGUGGCAUCCAUGAUUCUCCCCUGCCCCUUCCAUUUUAUUCUUACAACAAUCCUGUGAUGUAGAUUAGGUUGAGAGAUAGUGAAUGACCAAAGGUUACCUUUAUGGCUGAGUGGAACUUAGAAUACGGAUCUCACCAAGCAUAGUACAAUCACCACAUUGGCUCUCAAUUAGGAUACUGAAUUGCAUGAGUGAGGAGAGAUGUUAAUAUCCUUCUACAUGCUGCUUCUCCAAUCUGAGCCAGCAGAUAAAGGAGUUGGAAAAUCCCAAGGAAUAUAAAAUUCCUGCCAGUAUUAGUGAUUUAAUUCUGGUUGGGUAUGUAUAUUAAAAGCCUUUUCAAUCAUGCAUGUUCAACACUUGUUGCCUGCAGAGUGGCAUGUGUGAAUCAAAUUCCCAACACAAAUCUAGUUCUGCAGAAAGAACUUACGUAUCCCCUUCAAAGCAAGGGAUUAUCAAUGCUGCAAGUCACUGUUACAUGUGCAUCUGUUUUAAUAGAAAGUUGUGACCAAUUGUGCACAGAUUCAAGUAGCAAAAGAGAGGCAUGUGAAGCAUCAUAUGAGAUGAAAUACAUAAAGGUAAAGGUAAAGGACCCCUGACAGUUAAUUCCAGUCGUGAAUGACUCUGGGGUUGCGGCGCUCAUCUCACUGUACUGGCCGAGGGAGCCAGCAUUUGUCCGCAGACAGUUUUUCCGGGUCAUGUGGCCAGCAUGACAAAGCCACUUCUGGCAAGACCAGAACAGCGCACGGAAAUGCCAUUUACCUUCCUGCCGGAGCGGUACCUAUUUAUCUACUUGCACUUUGACGUGCUUUCAAACUGCUAGGUUGGCAGGAGCUGGGACCGAACAAUGGGAGCUCACCCCGUCGCGGGGAUUCAAACCGCAGACCUAAUCGGCAAGCCCUAGGCUCAGUGGUUUAGACCACAGUGCCACCCGACCGGAUGAAAUGCAUACUGUUGUGCUCAAACUAGUUUGUUAAGAAAAUCCCCAAACUCGGUUCUAUGUGUGACUCUGGGUCAGCUCCCUGCGGUAGUUUAUUGUUGUACAUUGUUUUUAAAUUUAUUGUUGUACAUUGUUUUAAUUGUUUUCCUUCUGUGACUGUACCCCCAAGUGUGUUUUAUAAGCUGGUCUCCGACCGUAAUAAAUUAUCUAUCUAUCUAUCUAUCUAUCUGUCUGUCUAUCUAUCUAUCUAUCUAUCUGUCUGUCUAUCUAUCUAUCUGUCUAUCUAUCUAUCUAUCUAUCUAUCCUGUUGUGUGUUUAUCCCACACAGAUGUAGUUUGUAGGAAAGCAGAAAUAUUUACCCAUGUGUACUAAUGAAGCACUAUAACAGAGCCACAGUGGGAAAUUGUUCUGUACUGAAGUUUUUUGGUUUUGGUAAUUCCUGGGUUUUGUGCUCAGACCGGCCAAACAAUACAGAUUUUAGAAUAGCAAUGCGAAGUUGAUUUAUGGUGAAAGUCUACUAUCAAACCCUUUUCAAGAGAACAACAAGUCUGUAAAUUUAAUUUUCUCAUUUUUCAAAGUAUUAAGUUUAGUUCUUCACAUUUCUACUUUAAUUUGAGGGUUUCUUUUGGGGGGGGAAUCCCUCAUAAAAAUUAAUCAGUGUUUAAGUGCAAAUUUCCCCAAUGCACACAUUUUUGCAAGCAAUUUUUGCUGAUAUAAUACAUUUUAUGUAAUAUUUUCACUAAUAAAUACAUUUUAAUACAUACUUUGUCCCAGUAUACAAUUUUUGAACACAUCAUUUGGUUGGGAAACUGCAUCACAAAAUUCAGAUAACAUUGAAUAUUAAAGGAUAGCUGUGUUUUGGUUUUCUUAUUGUUUCAGAAAGUGCAAUUUAGGUAUUAAAAUUCUAACUGAACCAAAUUUCUUCUCCAUCACUACCCUUGUGUUGUGAUUUUUUGUAGUACCUGAAAGCAUGUGCUUUUUAACAAAAUGUGGGUCAGCUAUACAAUUGACCUUGGGAUGUUAACUCUUACAAUAUGCCUGACUGACUAGCUGGAGUUAAGUAAGAAGUCACUUUCAGACAUCUCAAAACUGGAUCACAGUAGUUCUCGGCACCAGAUGUAUUUAAGCUUGUAAUGCAGGUCAGUUAGAGGAAAGCAUGGUGUUAUUUUGUUAGACUGUGAAAAAGUCAUAUGAUAGUUGAUGUACCAUAUCUCAAUUCAGCAUCAGCUGGUACAAAAUCUGCUUGGGUGGAUAAAGCCAAAGUCUACAUGUGACUCCAUCUUGGGUGUAUUUCUAGCUUAUUUCUUCAAUCUGUGCAGCUGAGGAGGAAAAUUUAAGUCAUAUAUUAGGAAGAACUUCACACCCAUAAAUAGAUGGAGGAAAAUAUUAAGGGAAGUUUUCAAACACUGGUAGUUUUAAAAAUAAGCUAAACACUUGUUAGGGGUGGCUUGACAUAAUUGGCAGGCACUGUUACUUAAAAGUAAAGAAAGUAAACGACAAGAGCCUUUUAUGUUUCUGGGUUCUUCUAGUUCACUCUUUGCUUUUUAAAUUUUGUAUGAGUUAGGGAAUGUUCGGAUGUUUUGAAUGGCUGAAAGAGGCAAGAGGCAGUGAAUAUCUUUGCUUUGGAUCAAUCCCAGUUUGGCAAUUUGUAGCACAUAUUGAAAUACUUUAUUUAUUUACUUAUUUGUAAACUUAUUUGUAAUUUUUAUAGGUCACCUUUCAACCAAAUGUUCUCAAAGCAUAUUCCACUUAAUAUUUUAAAGGUAAAAAUGAGCAGCUUGGAUCAGACCUGGAAAUAAAGUAGCAACCAGUGAAGCUGUUUCUAAGUAGGCAUUAUAUUUUUGUUUGUUUGUACUAAAAUUUCUACCUGCCUUUCUGUAUCAACUAUAAUCUAAGUGGCUUUAUAAUUGAGCCCUUUAAUAUGUUCAUACCAACCUAUACCCAGCAACAGUAAGAUGCCCACUUUAUGCUGAAAUUUCCAGUGUCUUCAAGGGCAGCCCCACAUAGUAGAUAUUACAGUAAUCUAAUCUAGAAAUAUCCAGUGCAUAAAUGGUGGUAGCCAGUGCCUGUCUUGCAGCAACUGGUGCACCAACUGAACACUGAAAUAGAUCUACAGUCUUCCAUUCAGCAUGGGCCUCCUGACACAUAGAUGCAUUUUGGCUUCCUAUCUCUAUCUAAAAUCUGUCCUGUGUAUAAAGUGAUAAUAAUAAUGCAGCCCACUAUUUAUCUGCUUGUCAAAUUUCCUCAGCACCUACCAUCUAAAGACAUAGCCUGUGAAGUCAGUAGAAUGGGGUUCUUUAGGGGAACUCUCAGAAUAUGUUGAACUGUUCUUUAUUCAGGAACAGUUUGUGUUAAUGCACAUAUAAAGCAUUAAUUAUCCACACAGCAGUUGCUCAUCUUUCCCCCCUUUUUAAAAAAAGUUCAGUUUUAGAAGUCCAGAUUUAGAGCAGGAGAAGAGCAUUCCAAGGUUGUUCUAAUUACAGGAGAAUGAGCAUUUGGCUCUGGUUGGGAGGAUGAUGUUAUUGUAUGCAUACAAGAAAGGGGGUUUCAUCUGGGACUCCAGGACCUUGAAUGAUUUCAUCUAGAAUGAUUUCAUCUGGUACAAAAGAGUGAAAACCUCUCAUUUCCCUCCCAACUGAUACAUUCUUGAGCAGUUACGUUGCGCCAGUAUUUGUGGCCAAUGUUGCUCUGGGUAACAGCUCUCUGUACCCCCCAGGGACUUGCACCUUUCUUUUGAGAUACCAAGAAAUACCAUGCUGUCUACAUUCCUUUUCCCAUAUAGAAGAUUUAAUAUGUUUUGCAAGUACAGCAAAUCUUCGGUAAGUUUUCAAAACACAAUGCUAUGGCCACGGGCCUAAGGAAUUUGAAAUGCAAUAACAAAGAGUAAUUGGAACAAACCCAUAGUCCAGGAAAUUGGAGCUUCGAUGAUGUUGAAAAACAUUACGAGUAUGACCUCUUUACCACUGAAGGACAAUAUGUCAGGUUUUGCUGACAUGAGAUUGUACAGCUAUGAAUCACAACCUUAGGGUAUUAGGAACAUAGGAAGUUGCCAUAUACUGAGUCAGACCAUUGGUCCACCUGGCUCAUUAUUGUCUACAUUGACUGGCCAUGACUCUUGAGGAUUUCAAGCAGCGCUACCUGAAGAUGCCUAGGAUUGAACCGGGGACAUUCCACAUGCAAAGCACAUGCUCUAACCUGGAGCUGCAGCCCAUCGUCUAGUUCAGUGUUCCCCAAGCUUGGGUCUCCAGCUGUUUUGGGGCUACAACUCUCAUCAUCCCUAGCUAGCAGGACCAGUGGCUGGGGAUGAUGGGAACUGUAGUCAAAAAACAGUUGGAGACCCAAACACUGGUCUAGUUGAUGUAUAUGUACAUUUCAUGUUGUUUAUCACUUCACUUUUCAUGUUACACAUAGAGCAGGGUGGCAUAUUUUCUUUCUAGCAUUAGAAAUCUCUAUCUAUCUAUCAUCUAUCUAUCUAUCUAUCUAUCUAUCUAUCAUCUAUCUAUCUAUCAUCUAUCUAUCUAUCUAUCUAUCUAUCUAUCUAUCUAUACUAGUUUUAUGCAUGUAAUUGUUGCCUUAUGUGUCACAACCAUUUGGAAAUCCAGGGAAGCAGAGGUGUAGUAAUGCUUGGUCAGGUAUCUGCUUGUCCACCUAGUUUAAUAAUAAUAAUAAAUAAUAAUAAUAAUAAUAAUAAUAAUAAUACCCCACCCAUCUGGCUGCGUUCCCCCAGCUACUCUGAAUGACUUACAGCAUAUAUUGAAACAUAAUAAAACAUCAAACAUUAAAAACUUCCUGAUGCUGGGCUGCAUUCAGAUGUCUUCUAAAAGUUGUGUAGUUCUUUAUCUCCUUGACAUCUGAAGGGAGGGCAUUCCACAGGAAGGGCGCCACUGCUGAGAAGGCCCUCUGCCUGGUUCCUUGUAACUUAACUUCUCACAGUAAGAGAACCACCAGAAGACCCUCGGAGGAGGACCUCAAUGUCUGGGUUGAGCGAUGGGGGUGGAGACGUUCCUUCAGGUGAACCACGUGGCAUACUAAGGGAUAGGUGACCCAUGGAUCCAUCCCCAGGGAUUUCCUAUCUCUUGCCCCUGCAUAGGCACUGGUUCUAGGGAUAAUACAUCAGCUAUUUUCUCCCAUGUAACCUGAAGCACAGGCUAAGGUUCACUUGUGUUCUCUUCGCAGUUCAACAUCAGCAGAGGUUCUGGCAGAUUUUUGCAUUUUAUGCGCUUCAGAUGCUCGCUGCUGUAUGCAAAUGAAGGCAUGAAGCAGCUGAGGUACAUAAGGGGAGGAUUCUUAAAGAAACCCUGUAGCUACUUGGUAGUGGUGGUGAGGUAAAGGACUUAAAGAUCCCUGUGCCUGGAGAAGUGAUUAACCAUGUAACCCUAUACAUGUCUAAUCAGCAGUUUGAGUCCAAUGGGAGUUUACUCCUGGGUACGUGGGUAUAGGAUUUCAGCCUGACAUGCAUAGUAAGGCAAAAUCUUUGCCAAAAUCUUUUUACUGCCCCCACACAGUAGGAAGGUGUUAAAGAGCCCUUUGCCUGGGCCUCAUCCUGUGUAGGAGUGAAUAGGGUCAGUAUUACUGACUGUUCUGGUCUCCAGGUUAUAGUCAAUGCUAGUGCUAUUCAGAGUAGACCCACUGAAAUAAAUGGGCCUAAGUAAUGCCUAUCAGUUUCGUGGGUCUACUCUUAAAUAGGACUUGUUCAGUUAAAAUUAGGGGCCCAUUUAUAAGUGUAGUUAUCAGCAAAAGAUAUCAUUUACCUGCUUCUUAUCCUCUCCUGCAUUCAGUGGAAUACUGAGAUCUGCAGUGGAGACCAGAGAGAGAAUGCUGGUAAAACAAGAGUAGAUCUAUUCUGAAAAGACUGAGAUGUCAGAAUUUUGAUUAAUACUCAUAUCUGCUUUUUUAAAGCAUGUAUGGAAAAUACAUUUGAAGCAUGUUCAAUGAGACAGGAAAUAGCAGCAGUUACAGCCAAAUGCACUAGUAUCCAUUAUCUAGUUUGCUCUUCCUCUGCAUAGAAUAAGCUAUAGGAACAUCUCAGUAGGGGGCGUAAUGGAAAUGAGAGCUUAGCCAAGUUGUACUAAGCUGGCUGGAAGCCUCCUAUUUUUUUCAUGAGCGCAGCCAACAUGAGUUCGUAUGUGUGUCUUUAAAUGGCAAUAAUUUAAAACCAUCAGCAUCUAAAUAGCCACUACCUCUGUUAUUCAUCGCUCAAAGCAUUCUCAGAAUGUGGUAGAUCCACUAAUGAAUAACAGCUCAUGAAACCAGUGCCAAGGCUCUAGCAGCCCUUCCUCAUUUUAGACAUCAAGAUGUUAACCUUGUGUUUGGUAAACAAAAGAUAUACAAACCCCUCUGCAUGAUUUCAUUGAAGACUGAAUUGAGCAUGAGAAGAAAAGGACUUGCUGUGCCUGCAGCUGCUGCUGCUUUCUUUCCUCUCUCUCUCUCUCUUUUAAAAAAGGUCCCAUUUCAGCUGCCUGUGUGGCCCUCACUUCAGCUGUUUAUUUUAGUUGAGCCAAAAGGCACUUUUCUAAAGAUGAUUUAUUAGUUAAUAAAACAGGGGAGACUGCAAAGUUUAGGGGACUUGUGAUACACAUUCAGGCUCGUGCUUUCUUUCAAUAGAAAAUAGAAUCGUAGAAUUUGUACAUCUAGAAUGGGAUGAAAGCCUUCUAGUUAUCCCUCUUCCCCUUGCAAUAGAGGCCAGAUUCUUCAUAUCCCAAAUAACCUUAAAGAGAUUAGCCUACUACAUCCUUCUAAUUACCAUAUGCUCUAAAUGGAGAGGAGGAAGGAUGACUGGAUCUUCUGCCAAGCAGGGAACUUGAGUAAAACAAACACGGAUGGCUUAAGCAGACAAUCUGUACUAACACUGUAGGCCCUACAGUAUAAGAGUGUCGUGGUGGGACCUCCAGGAUUAGCAACCAGUCUAAUCUGUAGGUAAUUCCUGUUCCAACUAUGUCAAUCCAAAACUCGGAAUUCAGCCUUUAUAUCAAUGUUUGGUUUUUGUUUGUUUGUUUUUGCAGUUAUAUAUCAUGCUUUGUGAUGCAAAACACAGGGCAAGAAAGCUCCUCCAGAAGCUCUAAUAUUCAGAAGUAUGUGUACUUGUCACUAAAUUAAUAAAAAUUCUGUGUGUGUAAAUUAAGGGGAAAGUGCAUAUGUUUGCUUAUAUUUUGUUCCUUUAAAUACAUACAUACAUACAUACAUACAUACAUACAUACUGCUUCUCAUUGGGUGCGGGAAACACUAAAUGCAUGUCCUUAACCUCUGGGAAACUGAUUGGUUCCCCUUUGCCAGUGUUUGAAAUUUCACCAGUUGUCACUCACAGACUUUAAAGACUACACUGCAGUCAUAAGGGCUAGAAAAUCUUGAGGUUACUGUGCAAAAGAAAUGCCUUUUGUGUGCCUUCAUUGUGAACACUUAAGAGUGUUAAUGCGCAUAGGAGUAGUCACAGUUUUGUGUGAUUUCCACUCUAGUGUCCUGAGGAGAGAGAAAAAACAAAUUACUAGGAUGAGGGCAUUUAUCACAGUUAUAGGCCACAGGAUUCAGGUCCUUCAGCAUCUCCAAGUGUACUGGGUUGGAGGAGACCCCUCCCUAACGCCAUCUCUGAUCCCAUGUUUUGGACUACAGUUUCCACCAUCCUUGAUGACUGGCCAUGUUGGCUGGGACUGAUGGCAGUUCUGGUCGAACAGCAUGAGGAGGGCACCACGUUGGCUAUCAUUGAGAAUGGCUGCCUAUCCCAGUGAAAAGAAUUGCUAGUAUCAGGCAGUUCCUGAAAUCUUUUAUUGUUCUUAGCAAAACAUUCGGUGCUCAUUCUGCUCUGUGGAAAUGUAAGUGUGAACUGUUGUCAGCUAUAAAACCUUUAAAAGGAAACCGUGCAAAGAAUAAUAGAGAAUAAUUCAGUUUAUGUUGGAUAAACUAUUCAACACAUUGUUAAUCCUAGGUUUUCAUGAUUUCAUGCAGUUGCUGCCAUUUCUGAAUUGGCUGUUACUGAAUGUCUCCCAUAGACUCUAGAUUGUUGAUGAAAUUGAUAACUGGGGAAAGUUGUCUCACAACUCCAAUUAAAUGCCUUUUAUUAUUUUCAGAUAGAAAAACAACUUUCUUUGUGGAAUGAUUGCCCCUAGAAUUCAUAUAAUGUAAUAAACCUAGACAACACUGGGAUCUUAUUCAGGACAGGAUUUUGCCUGAAAGGGAAAGUAUACUCCUUUAUUCUCCAUGGAUUAUGACACUCAUAAAAAGGACAUUUUGGAAAAUAAGAAGCUCUGCCAUGGAUUAUAAACUGGUUGAAACAGCCAAGCUAAUUAGCUAGCUUUCACCACAACAUAAGGCUAACAGAUGAUAUAUUGAAAGUUCCAUUGAACUGAUUGGGACUUGCUUCUAAAUAAGCAUGCAUGCAGUUGCACUGAUAAUAAUAAUGACAAUAAUAAUUUCCCUAUUGAUAAUGAUAGUCAUCACUGUGCUUAUGUUGCCUGUAUUGAUACAAAUGCUACUGUUAGUAAUGCUGUGUAGAGAAGAAACGAGGAAUCAAUUUGCAGGGAAUAUAGCAUCAUGUCAUGCCUUAGCUGGAUACAAUCCAGUGUUCUUUUGAAAAGUCUCAUCUGUGUUUGUAAUGCAAUAGAUGGUAUUUGAUACAGAUUAGGAUAUAAAUCCAGGGGACCACAUGGCUGCCCGGAUGGUUGUUUCUGUCAACCCUUAGACCAGCCUUCCUUUCCUUGGUUCCCUGCAUAUAUUUUGUACCACAGCUCACAAUUAGCCCCACUCAGUAUGGUGAAGGCUCAGGGAUGAUGGGAGUUUUGCACUGAAAAAUUUAGAGGGCAUGAGGUUGAGGAAGGCUGUCUUACCCUAGAGUGAGGUACAGGUUUUAACGCUUUAUUUUCUGUUAUGGUGCCAAUUUGGAUCAGAGACCCAUUAGCUCCAGAGUUUUGAAAUCUCCUCCCCACCACCCAUGGUCUCAAUCCAGAUUCCCCCUACAAUGAAGAUUUGUGCUUUAAUAAGAACAAAAACCCUGCACUUAAGGGUGCAGAUAAGGAACUAAUAUUACUAUCUACUUUGAAUGAGUGUAUGACCCACUAGAAGAAGAAGAAGAGUUUGGAUUUGAUAUCCCGCCUUUCACUCCCUUUAAGGAGUCUCAAAGCGGUUAACAUUCUCCUUUCCCUUCCUCCCCCACAACAAACACUCUGUGAGGUGAGUGAGGCUGAGAGACUUCAGAGAAGUGUGACUGGCCCAAGGUCACCCAGCAGCUGCAUGUGGAGGAGCGGAGACUCAAACCUGGUCCCCCAGAUUACGAGACUACCGCUCUUAACCACUACACCACACUGGCUCUCACUAGGAAAUAUUUCCUUGUGCUUUGCCUCUGCAUGACUCCACCAGCUACAGCCUGUCUGUUGAACCCACUUGCCUGCAGCCAGGCUAGGAAUGGUAGAUAAGAAUGGUGUCUAUUCUCAUUUUAAUGCAAAUCUACCUAAUUCACAUUUCCAGUGCAUAAAAUGAAACUCAGCUGUCUAUGAAAUUUGCAUUUUGGGGUGCAAGUUUUCAACUAAAAAUGCAUAUUAAAAUGUGCAUACUAGUGAACAUAAUGCAUUAAAAUGCAUUACGUUGGGGAAAAUGGCGUGCAGAAGAUUACAAAAGUUAGUAAGACCUUUUGUUUCUUUUCUUUCUUAAAAAAAAAUUGCAUACUUGAUACAGAAAUAGGGCAAACCAAAUUUAACAGGAAAAAUGAGAUAAUGAGAGAAAUCAGAACUGCCAACAUUCCACCAUCCCUUAGCCAGAUCUGUGUGCUGUGACAGCAAGAAUGACCUGAGUAGAAAUGAUGGCUUUAGCGUACGCUGCUAGACGCAUAGCUGGAAAAUGCAGGGGGAUCAAUUUUUUCCUUGGCACCACCUGAGGAUCUCACCUCACAUGAUUGUGACAUAGGGGUAAGGAAUAUUGCGUGUGCAUUCUGCUCCUGGGGCUCAGUGCGGUGCUGGCAGUUCCAUGCAUCCAGCCUCUGCGUGGUUUUGGCUUGUGCACACCCUGUUUUUUGCACGCUAUAUGGGAGCUGAACCAUAUCUGGAAGCUUUGAACUUUGUUAUCCUUGUGCUGCUCGUAAUAGAUGAUUCAGGCUUUUAUUACUUUUCCUUUCGGCAUUCCGAUGACAUCCACACCUUGCAAAGUCAGCAUGAACCUUGCUUUUUCCUGUGAACAAUUUCUCUGCAGAAACUGUUCAGGUUAUUCUUCUUAUACCAAACCAAGUUCAGUAGCUGUGUAAGUGUUUCUCUUCCAAACUAACAACUUGUUCCAAUCCAUGUUGAAAAUAUUAAUUGCUUUGCUUCCUGAGCAAGAACUCUUCACCUCCUUUUUAUAGCACGGGCAGUGUCAAAAGAAACUAUUAUUACAGUUCCUUCCUUCCGGUGUAUUAUUGAAAUGGGGCAUGCUGAGAGAAUUUGCUGUUUUGGCAGCUGAUACGUUAUCUCCCAGCUUUUGCUAUUUACAGAGGGUGUGUUUGCACCACAUGCCCAUCAGUCUGCCUGAUGAUAACACUGCUUGUCCUUUAAUUUCUGCCAGAAGUCAAGUUGUGAACUGAAUUAGCUCUUUGCUUACUCUCUUUGAGUGUACCAGAGGUUGGGACAUUUAAUUCCCUUUUAAAAUUAAGAAAAUACACCAAUCAUCUCCCUAAUAAAGCUUCACUUUCCGUCAUCCGUUAUAAAAUUAACUGGUGUCUAUAUUAAACCAACCUUUUUUGGUUCCUCUCUUCAUAGGCUAAGAACAUCCACCCACCAAGUCAUAUAAGAUCAAUGUUGCACUCUCUAGAUUUUAUUGGUCUACAGCUUCCAUCAGCCCCAGCCACCAUUGCCAAUGUUCAGAAAUAAUAGGAGUUGUAGUUUGACAACAUAUAGAGGGCCACAGAUUAGGGAAAACUGAUGUAGAGCAUUCCGCCUUUUUAGUAUUUGGUGGUGGAUGGUACACACAAUUUACUAGAUCCUUGUGGCAAACCUCUGAAUGAUUUGUUGUGCUGAAGUCCCCUUGCAUGGUUUCUGCUUAAAGAGCAACUACAGCUUAUUUAUUUAAAUUACACUUCUCCCCUCUCUUGCUUGAGGAGUUCAGAGUGGUCUCAGGUGGUUUCCAAUUCAGGUAAUUUACAGGGCCUAAACAUACUUAGUAACUUCAGUGGCAUAAAUGCAUCUUCUGCCCUCUGGUUUGCUCAAGUGCACCAGGCUUUAUUCUGUAGUGCAAACAAAAUUAACUAUUCCCUCUACGUCCAUUGUUAUGUAUGCAUAAUUGUGCUUUCUACCACACGAAGCUGUCCAAAUGAUAAGAUAAAACUUUCAAGGUCCUUCUAUAACAGUGGUUCCCAAACGUUUUCCGCCAUGGACCACUUGAAAAUUAUUGAUGAUCCACUUAAUGAUUUUCCUGCCUCUUGUAGCAAUUGCAAUGCACUGGAUGCUGUAUGAUUCUUUAUUGCUUCUUUUAUUUCUUAUAUUUUUAUUGCGUUGCAGUUUGUAUUCUCAGACAUGCCAUGAACUACCUGAAUGAUGGUUAUGGACCACUGUUGGUUCAUGGACCACAGUUUGGGAACCCGCGUCCUAUAGGUUGUCCCACCUUCAAAGGUCAGAUCAAUGGUGGCGAAAGGGGACUCUUCAGCUCUAGCCACCCAGUCUGUGGAAUGCUUUCCCCAGGGAGGCUUCCCUGGCACAAACUCUCAUCCUUCCAGUGCCAGAAGAAGAUCUUUUCAUUCACCCCAGCUUCUGCACUAUUAGAUCAAGUUUAUUUUCUCUGGUGCUCUCUGUUGAUUUUUAUUUUUUUACAGUUUCUAUUUUUGUCUUUAAAUAUUGAUCGCAAGCCACCCUAGAAUUUGUCAAGCCUAAAUAAAAUACUCCGUUAAAGCCACAGAAAAACCUUCUGAUUGAACUAUGCCUUUGUGCUCAUAGACGAGGCAAUUCAGUCUUUUUAUUUUCAUUCAAUCUUCCUUAACCUGGACAGCUACCACUGGCGUGUAAUUUCCGAGGAGGAGUUUGAAUGGAUGGGUGUGCUUGGAAGUUUCUGUGAAACUUGUAAAGCUUUUGACAAACAACUGGUAAAUCGGAUGGUGUGGAACUGAUACUGUAAGUACAGGCGCUGCCUCAGGGGAUUAAUAACCCUGCUGAGGUUAAAAACUGGGAAAGCCUCCAGCAGACUGCAUUUGACAAGCCCAUGUUAAAACUAUUAGAUGUUGAUUUAGAUCUUUGCUUAAAAACUUGGAUUGUUCACAAAAACUGUGGGGGUAUAGUUAAAACAUUUUUUUCUCCCUUCAGGGCUAACAUUCUCUCCCCCCACACCCUUCUUCUUUUCUCUCUUUUAGGUAUGUGAUGUCAAACCAGUAGGCUGUUCUCUGGAGCCUCCCACACACUAUUGUAACGUCAUGUGCCAGUAUGAAUAUUAUUAA